AUGACUCGCCAAGCGCGCGCGCUCUCUUCCCCCCCUCCCCUCUUCCCGUCACUGGAGGAGCAAGAUUUCGAAAAUAGGUAUAAAUAACCCUGCGAGAUAGAGUUACCAUCUCCCUCCCGCCAUCUCGCCACGCCCUUUGAAGUUUUGCGUUUUUAAUAUAGGCAGAGGUACAACAGAUUGAAUUGAAAUCCUUCAUUGUCACUUGUACAACUUGUAUACAGUGAGGUCAUAUUCAGAUGCAGCUGAAAUUGGAAAAGUGGGUGGGGUGAAAAUUGUGUACGCUUGAAAACGUUGGAAGCAUUAUAACAUAAAUUCAGCAGUGUAAACAAGUUUUGUUGUUGGGUGCAAGAAUGGAAUACUGAAUGGUUUAGUUUAGGUAAAAUGUGCAGGGAUUUAUGAUACGCAAAAUGAACCGUGGAAAGAGAAGGGAAGCCCUUGACAUUUUAAGGUGGUUUAAAUGAAUAUUCUAAAGUGUAAAACAGAAAAAAGUAAAAAAAUUAUUUACGGUAUACUGUAUAUAAAAAAGGGAAAGCAGGUGGGGUGGGUGAGGUGCUUCACCUGUCAAAUUUCUGCCUUUCACACAGCUCUGGUAAGUUGGUUGAGUUGCUCCGAAAACAACACUCUGAACAUCUCCUUGGCUGUAUCCCAUUUUAUCAUAGAAACACUGGGAGAUGUCUUACAUAUAUGUUGUAAGCCGCCCAGAAUGGCUGGAGGAAACCCAGCCAGAUGGGCAGGAUAUUAAUCGUCAUCAUCAUACUGAAUCAGACCAUUGAGGCCACCUAGUUUAGUACAGUGGUACCUUGGUUCUCAAACAGCUUAGUUGUCGAACAAAUUGGCUCCCAAACACUGAAAACCUGGAACUAAGUGUUCUGGUUUUCGAACGUUUUUUGGAAGCUGAACAUCCGACGCGGCUUCUGCUUGAGUGCAGGAAGCUCCUGCAGCCAAUCAGAAGCAAUGCCUUGGUUUUCGAACAGUUUCUGAAGUCGAACGGACUUCUGGAACAGAUUAAGUUCGAGAACCAAGGUACCACUGUAUUGUCUACACUAGCUGGUAAUAGCACUUUGGGAUUUCAGGCAGGGGUCUGUCCCAGCCCUGGCCUGCUGUUCUACAACUCACUUAGCCACGGCCUUUCCCUGUCAUGGCCGUCUGUCAUGGAUGCUUUAGCAGAGAUCCCCACAUUGCAGGAGGUUGGACUAGAUGGCCCCUGGAAUCCCUUCCUGCUCUACGAUUCUAUGAUCAUCCACCAUUCCACCACAAAGCUGGUGCUCUAGCAUUCUUAUUCCUUCUGGACUCCCUGCCUGCAUAAAAAAACAUCCUGAAGACUAUUUCAGCAAAGUAAAGAGCAGGGUUCAACUUUAACAUAGGGCUGUGUGAUUCAUUUAUGCAUUCCAUGGUUACUUUGUCGCAAGAAUCUCCACAUAUUUCUGCAUAUAUUUCCCCUAUUCCCUUUCAUACUGGAGGAUUACUACAUAUUUCAUGCACACAAAUGAGAUACUUUUUGCUCACAACAAUUUAUAUAUGCUUAUUUUUAUAAUGUAAGUACAGUUUUCCUAUGUCCACAGUGAUUCUUUGAAUGCGAGUCUCCAGUUUUUGCUAAUGUAAAAUGCCUCUAGAUCCCUUUUUUGGUAAGAUAUUUGACUUCUGUUAAACAGUGUAAAAGCAUAUGUAAAGAAUAGCGUACUGGAAUAGUGAGACGUGUAGUAACUUCUACAAAGUUAUUUUUGAGAGUCUUACAAAGGCUCCUUUCAUUGCCAGUGCUGCAGCAUUCUCGUCAAUCCAAGCUACCGUAUUUUUCGUCCUAUAAGGCGCACCGGCCCAUAGGACGCACCUUGUUUUUUGGGGGGGGAAAUGAAUAAAAAAAAUUAUUUCCCCCCCGCCGUGGCUGCCGCCCCAAGCCUUGCGCACACCUGCCCGAAGCACGGGGCACCCUCUGGAGGGCUCCGCGUGCUUCGGGCUGCAGGCUGCCGCCCCAAGCCUGGCGCGCCCGGCGGGACCUCCUGCUGGGCACGCAAGGCUUGCGGACACUCCGGAGGGCUCCCCGUGCUUCGGGCGACAGGCUGCCGCCCCAAGGCUUGCGGACACUCGCCCGAAGCACGGGGAGCCCUCUGGAGGGCUCCGCGUGCUUCGGGCGGCAGCCUGCCGCCCCAAGCCUCGCGCGCCCGGCGGGACCUCCCGCUGGGCGUGCAAGGCUUGCAGACACUCGCCGGGGCUGCAGGCUGCUGCCCGCAAGCCUUGUGAGCCCGCAGGAACUCCCGCCGGGCUUGCAAGGCUUGCGGAUAGCUUCCUGAAGCCUGGAGAGCGAGAGGGGUCGGUGCGCACCGAUGCCUCUCGCUCUCCAGGCUUCAGCGAAAGCCUGCAUUCGCCCCAUAGGACGCACACACAUUUCCCCUUCAUUUUUGGAGGGGAAAAAGUGCGUCCUAUGGGGCGAAAAAUACGGUAUGUCCUGGGAAUGUAAGUCUUUUAUUUCAGUUCUCCUUUUCUUCAGAUAGUUGCCAUUUUGAUGUAUAAAUUAAAAUUUAUCUGGCCAUUCGUAGAACAUAGAGUCCUGUUUUGUUGAAUAUGGACAGUAGCUUCAAAAUGGAAAUAUGGCAUGCAUAUGAAAGAAACCUAUCCCAGGUUAUUCUGUUUUUACAUGUUCUCUCCCUUGCAUAUUAAGCCUGCACUUAGGAGAGACCAUAAGAAAAAAGAAGAAUAUGUUUUGCUGUUUACCUUGUGAUGGGCUGGAAAGAUGAUGAUCUAAAAUGAGCAAUCGGUAAGGAGCUGGCUAUGGUACAGGGAUGAACUUAGCCGCUAUUUCUAAGAGAACCAAGGAACAUUAUCGUAAUGAAGGGUUGUUGGCAGUGCCCUGUCAUCGAUAACUGUAGAGGGAGGGUGAGUCAGCAAACUCUGACACAGCAUCUGAUUUCACAGGGUUGAUUAGCAUGUGAAUCAGAGUUAGAGCUGGAUUAAAAAUAAUAAUGCUUUGGGGCUGGAUCGAGGACACUGCCAUUUGUAAUGGACAAGUUGGGGAAGAACAACAGGAAAAAGAUAAAAAGAACAAAGAAGUCCCAAGAAUAAAGGCUGGGCAAUUGGAUAUGAUACAUUGAGAUCUAUGUGGCUGUGAUAUACUGUAUUUUUCGCCCUAUAGGACGCACUUUUUCCCCUCCAAAAAUGAAGGGGAAAUAUGUGUGCGUCCUAUGGGGUGAAUGCAGGCUUUCGCUGAAGCCUGGAGAGCGAGAGGGGUCGGUGCGCACCGACCCCUCUCGCUCUCCAGGCUUCAGGAAGCUAUCCCCCCAGCCCGGCAAGCUCCGGGAGCGAUGGCGAAGCUGCGCACAACUUCGCCAUCGCUCUCGGACCCGUUCUGGGGGCUGGGGUCGGGGGAAGCUCGGGCUUCCCCCGCCCCCAGCCCCGCAAGCUCCGGGAGCGAUGGCGAGGUUGCGCAACCUCGCCUUCAGUCCCGGACCCCCAGCCCCGAGGCUAAAAACGAAGCCAGGACAGCUAGCGGGAUCCAUCCCGCUCCCUGUCAUGGCUUCUUUGCUCUUUGGGGCUCGGGGGGGAAAAAUAAUUUCCCCCCCUUUAUUCCCCCCCCCAAAUAAGUGCGUCCUAUGGGCCGGUGUGUCCUAUAGGGCGAAAAAUACAGUAGUACCCAGCUAUAGAUUCUGUGUGAGGAUCUUGAGGAAAUUUUCAUGAACUGCACUUGGGUUUACUUGCAUAUGCAUAUACUUUACUGAGGAGAUGGCCAUCUUGACAUCUUCAUCUAACUGUUCAACAUACCUCUGUAAUUCUAACGUUAAUCGAGUUUGUUAUCAUUUCCCCUGCCAUUUUUCUUAUUUCUUUCCACAUCAUCAGCUGUCUCCUCUAACUACUGUCCCACUGCAUUCAGGUGCCAUUAGAUUAUCUUCCCCAAACCCUAUUUUAAUUCAUCCUCAGGGCAGGGAACCCUUUUCAGUCUGAGAGCCACAUUCUCUUCUGGGCAGCCUUUUGAGGGGGGUCACAUGUCAGUGGUUGGUGGGAUUUACUCGCAAGUAAGUGGAGCUUACACCAAGAUAAGUCUUCAUAGGAUUGCACUCUUACAGAAGAAUAGAAUACCUAUUUUAUGUAAUAAAAAAAGUGUAGGGACAGGGUUGUACUCUUGUACCUGGACUAAGGAAAGGCCCCAUGUUAAUGUAUUAUUACCUUUGACAUCUGGACUAGUGUUACAAUUUAUAUCAAGUCAUAUAAGAUUUAUAUUAAAAGGAGGAACAUCUGGGGAAAGGGGCAGGGGCACCUGUCACUCUUUUGAUGACAUAAAGUACCAUAUUUUUCGCUCUAUAAGACGCACCAGACCACAAGACGCACCUAGUUUUUGGAGGAGGAAAACAAGAAAAAAAAAAUAUUCUGAAUCUCAGAAGCCAGAACAGCAAGAGGGAUCGCUGCGCAGUGAAAGCUUCUGUUCUGGCUUCUGGGAUAGCUGCGCAGCCUGCAUUCGCUCCAUAAGACGCACACACAUUUCCCCUUACUUUUUAGGAGGGAAAAAGUGAGUCUUAUAGAGCAAAAAAUACGGUAGAUAUUCAAUUCUUCUUACACUGUUAAGCAUGUCUACUCAAAAGUAGAACUCUAAUGGAACUUAUUUCAUUGUAAAUGUAUACAAUUUCAGUCUCGGUCAUGCACAUGAUGCAUUGUCUAACAGCUCUUUGACAGUCUUUAACAACAGUUGGCAUUGGAUGCUUUAGAGAAAUAUAUAACAGAGGCUAGAGUAUAAAUAGGUUAAUUCCCCCAAUAGCUUGAUGCCUGCCCACUGGCUGUUUUAGCUAAUGCCAGCCAGUGAACCCCCUCUAUCAAUUAAUUUUGAAUCCUUUGAACAUUGCAGUCCCAAGGGAACAACUGAGUUCUGCAGGUUGAUAAGAUUAUUUAGCACUUAACAUUCUGGUAGGUGCUGUGCAAAGCAUAAAAUUGAUAGGUGGUUGCCAGAAUGAUUUGCAGUGUAACAGAAAUACCAGAAAAAGGAAGAUGGGACAGAAGCCAGGAAAGUGAAACAAAGAAAUUCGGAUGCAUUACUUAAAUAUAUGGCCAGAUGGAAUGGCCACUGACUGGUGGAAUCUUUUCUUGGAGGAAGAAGCUUAAUGGGAACAUUGUUUUAGGGUUGCUAAAAAGAAGCAGAAAAAUAUGGUGUGUUGUGAAUGUUUGGUGUUUGUUCUGUGCGACUCCAUUGAUCUGAAACAAUAUAUGCCCAUUAAAGUAGGAAUGAGAAAAAGCUGGCACCACUUUCCUUUCAUCCAUGUGUAGAAAAAUAAGAGGCUAGGAUGUCCUGCAUCAUCAGGGGUUGAAUUAAUUCAGUCACUGAAUCUCUUCCUACUUUAUGAUAAUAUGACAGCUUCUGGGGAAAUGUAUGGGCUGCUCACUUAUCCAGCAGUUCUGAUUUUAGCGGCAGAAUUGUGUCAAGGGUGCCUGUAUAAAUCAAGAAUGGAGAGGAAGUUUUCAGGGGCUGAUGGGAGUCGUAGUUCAGCAACAUCUGGAGGGCCAAAGCCAGUGUGGUGUAGUGGUUAAGAGUGGUAUACUUGUAAUCUGGGGAACCGGGUUCGAUUCCCCGCUCCUUCACAUGCAGCUGCUGGGUGACCUUGGGCCAGUCACACUUCUCUGAAGUCUCUCAGCCCCACUCACCUCACAGAGUGUUUGUUGUGGGGGAGGAAGGGAAAGGAGAAUGUUAGCCACUUUGAGACUCCUUCGGGUAGUGAUAAAGCGGGAGAUCAAAUCCAAACUCUUCUUCUUCUUCCUUACACCUGAUAUUACCCCAUAUUAGUACUGUAGUUGAGAAAAGUAUUUGCUUGUAGAAAGAUGAGAUCUGUAGCUGGAAGAAGGAAGGAGCACAAGAGUUGGAAAUAAUUUGAGAAGCUGAGCUUUGAUAGAGAUACAUUGGAUAGAUCAAAUAGUAGGGUUUGUGAACUGAGGGAAGGGAAUGGAAACUGGGCCUGAUUUUUUAGAGUCCCAGGGUCGUAACAGAUCAAGUUACGCCUAAAGCAACUCUAGAUACAAGGGUGAAUGAUCCACCCACUGGUUCCCUGUUGGGGUUGGUUUAAUUUUGACAUGCUCUGCACCACUUUGGUGAUUUUUUAAAAAAUGAAAAGUGGUAUAAAAAGAUAGGAAAUAAAUGUUCGUUUACAGUAGCGCAGUCUGCAGUGUGCUCAAGCAGAUAGUUACUGUCCUAUUCCAAAGAUGCCUGCAGAACCAGAGGUGCAGGUGUUUAUGGUGUCCUUUUCUGAUCAUGGGGGAAAGGUUGUCAUCACAAAGAUCUCUCUUGCUACAACCUUCCAUGACCUGGGCUACAUUUGUAGCCCAGAUAUUUUGACCUAUAGCUCCCAUCAGCCCCAGUCUGGCCAUUGGUUGGGGCUGAUGAGAGCUGUGAUCCAAAACAUCUGGAGGGCACUAGGUUGGGGAAGGCUGCUCUAGUGUCUGACUUCCCAUUUAUCCACUGCUUGAUAUUUUAAUGUGCACUUCUCAAUAGUUGGAAGCUAUCAUCUGGAAUAAAUAGUGAAGGUUAGUUAUUCCGCCCCCCCCCCCCCCGGGAAUAAGCAUUCAUAGGUGUGGCUCUUUGGACAAUUUCACUUUUUGCUCUGUCCUUCCUUGCAUAUACUUGGAAGAAGAAACCAGUGGGCUCAGCUCCCUUGGCACUCACUUGUUCUACAUUAUUGUUCUACAUUAUAUGUCUUUUUAGCCCCACCUACUGCCUCUUGAAGGGACGCGGGUGGCGCUGUGGGUUAAACCACAGAGCCUAGGACUUGCCGAUCAGAAGGUCGGCGGUUCGAAUCCCCGCAACGGGGUGAGCUUCCAUUGCUCCUGCCAACCUAACAGUUCGAAAGCACCUCAAGGUGCGAGUAGAUAAAUAGGUACCGCUCCGGUGGGAAGGUAAACGGCGUUUCCGUGCGCUGCUCCGGUUCGCCAGAAGCUGCUUAGUCAUGCUGGCCACAUGACCCGGAAGCUGUACGCCGGCUCCCUCAGCCAAUAAAGCGAGAUGAGCGCCGCAACCCCAGAGUCGGCCACGACUGGACCUAACGGUCAGGGGUCCCUUUACCUUUUUACUGCCUCUUGAAAGAGGCAAGGACGGAUAGCCUCCCCUAGGCCACUCAGAAUUACCAAAGGAAGACUUCAUGGCUGACUGCUACCCUGGCUGUCAAAUUUCCUUAUUAUAGUUUCACAGAAGCCAGCAUGAAUGGAGGUUUGACCAGAUAGUUUCACAGAAGCCAGCAUGAAUGGAGGUUUGAGUUUUUAAAAAAGAUUUUGUUAAUUCCAAGAAAGGGCUCAGAAGCUUACUGAAUAUUCUAAACAAGGAAUUCUUUUCACUUGACAAAUUCUGCUUCUAAGCUAGGGUUGCCAUAUUUCAGAAAGUGAAAGUCCCGAUGCAAAAGUUGUCGAGCUUUUUAAUGCAAAAUUGUUGAGCUCUAAACCCUGAGGUUUUAGAGCUAUUUUUCCCCAGAAAUCGCCGCUUCCAGUAUGGGUUGUCAUACAUCCAGAUUUUCCCGGACAUUUCAGCGAUUUCCACCCGGACGCUGUUUCCGAUGGCUGAAUCCCAGGCAUGUCCGGGAAAUUGCAGAUGUAUGGCAACCUUGCUCAGCUGAUGCUAUCUCCCUGCCGCCAACUUAGUUGUUAAGGAAAAAGCUUCCCUCAGAAUUAAAUUUAGAGAGAGAAAGAGAGAGCGGGGUGGGGUGGGAUAGUGCGAGAGUGCCUUCAACCUAAUUUGGAAGUUGGCACUCGCAUUUCAAGGAAAAUCUCCCCAGCUACCACUUCUGAAGUAACAGCAUCAGAAAAAGAAAUCUGUAUCCGUUCCAAGAGGGACGUACACACUUUCUGUCAUCUAGAGUUAAUGCGGAGAAGUAGCAUUUAUAUAAUGCCUUUUGUUCUUUCCAAAAGGCCAUUCUGAGACAGCUAGAAGGCAAUCCUUUUACUCACCACCGCUGCAGUGUAGUAUCCUCCGAUACCAAACAUGGCAAUUCUGCUGGGGCACAAAAUAUGAUUUCGUAAGAUGGAAUGAUGAGUGCAUAACGAAGAACUUGGAAAAAGAGGUUGCAGUUGUGAGAGACUUUAUGAGAGAGAUAAGGAGGGAACCUUUCAGAAUAGAAAGCUAAGGUACUUAAAGUAGUCGCCAGUUUGCUUCUCCAUUUCAACACCAGUUCAUUGGUGCUGGUUGAAGCAAGAUGGCUUGCAGAUAUCCCUUGUCCACAUAUACAUUGUAAAAAAAUAAUUGUCUCUCUCAUGUUGUCGGCAGUGACCUGUUUUCUAUACAGUGGUACCUCGGGUUACAUACGCUUCAGGUUACAGACUCCGCUAACCCAGAAAUAGUGCCUCGGGUUAAGAACUUUGCUUCAGGAUGAGAACAGAAAUCGCACGAUGGCGGCGCAGCAGUAGCUGGAGGCCCCAUUAGCUAAAGUGGUGCUUCAGGUUAAGAACAGUUUCAGGUUAAGAACGUACCUCCGGAACGAAUUAAGUACUUAACCCGAGGUACCACUGUAUCUGUUGUUGAGCAUCCUGUAGCUUAAGCCUGCUUGCCUUUCAACUUAUAUAUCUCCUGGUUGUAUUUAUUAUUCUACCUGAGUAAAUAUGUGGGGUUUAAAAAAAAAUAAUGGAGAAGAAUGGUGUGCACCAGCCCAGCUGGGAAAUGUAAGAAAAGGCAGGUAUCAGUGUGCUCAGAGGAACUCAGAUUCGCAGAAAUACUUUGAAAACAAACAAACAAUGUAAGGGAGCAAACAAACAAAACAAAACCCAAGUGGUCUAAAAAUUCUGUGAAACAUUAGUGGCUUAAAAUGCAGCUAGGUAAUUCCCCCCCCCAAUUCAGAUUGCAGUUGUUUUGAGGGAAAUGCAUCAAAACCCACUAUUUCAUAAGAGUUGGUAGGAUAGAUAUGGUUUGUGGCUAAUGUCAAGUGUAUUCCGUUUCCCAAACUAACAGUGUGAGCACACCGAAUGCAGAGAAAAUGGAAGUGUGUGCACAGCCUAAAUCUAGAACGAGCUUCUGAUGUGUGGUAUAAAGAGUCUGCAUGCCUGGAUAUGGCAUUAGAAGUUUGAAAAAUGCCCAACAGAAUGACUGCAGGGGAGGUUUCAUAGUCACCAAACACUCAGUCAAAUACAGCUACAGCCCAACAGUUUCAGUGAACACUGCAGAUCCAAAGACAGUGUUUGUUCUCCUGUGUUCCCUAACUCCAGAGUCUGUUUAUAAUUAUCCAAUCUGACCCAUGACAUCCUCCCAGAGAGGGUCAUUUUAAAGAUAUUACCAAGUGGGAAGGGCAUGCAAGCUGAAAUCUUUUGCUUAUGAGCCAAGCUGCCCAAUAUAGCAUGGAGCAUCUAUUCAUGGAUGUGUGUGUGUGUGUGUGCAAAAUGGUGAGUUGCGGGAAUCGAGAAAUAUACUCCCUGGGAUUUUCAGAAGGAAUUGGUCAGUUCCCAGAUUUUGUUCAGAAUAAAGCACCCAAUUCCCAGCAAUGAUUAUGCCCUGCUUGUGACAGUGUAAAGCUAUAUCAAAAACUGAGAGGUAGCCAGCCAGGUGGGACAUAAAUGCAGAUUUAGGGCACCAGAAAGAGUAUAGAAUGGGGUCCCCCUAAGUGACAGGUUCCCACUUUUUGGCUAGUAAAGCUGCAAAAUGAAUUGUGAAAAGGACAACCCUGCUAAAAUGAGAACAGGAAUCUCGAGGGACGGAGGACUUCCAAGUUCCUGUGACUCUUGUGCUGUUCUUCUACCGCUGUGUCCUGCAAAUGAGCUGGAUUCCCAGGGACGAGGGGCCUCUGCCAACGCUCCAAUGCCUCUUAAAGCUUUUGCAGCUGUUUAAAAAUAGCCCCCAUGUACUGGAAAAUGUGAUGGAUGCUUUCCCUCCUGUUAUGUGGCUCAUGGCCGGGGUUGAAUUAACAGGACUCUUGGUCUCUCUUUUUUAAUACGUUUAUGGGCAUCUCUCGACUGAGUUGAUUUGAACUGGGGUUCACCAGGUCUGAAUCCCCAGAGCUUCUCAAGUGACAGGGAUCAACCCACAAACAUCUGAAGCAAGUUAUUCAUGUUUUUGCACUGAUAUAUGCCCAGGCUUGGGGAAAUAUUUCCAAUUUCUCGUAUCAAAUUUUUAGGAGCAUAGGCAUUUAAGAACCUGGGGUUUUUCAAGCCCUGGGUAUUCCAGAUUAUGAAAUAGCUGCUUUCAGUGUUUUUGAUCUUGCUGCUUGCAUUCUAAAGGGAAAUUGUGGGAAAUAUGCAUCCUAUAGAUGGUCCUCACUCAGCCAAGGGAAAUUACUUGAGAGCCCUACUAGGAUCUUCCACGUACAAAGCAUGUAAGGGAGGUUGUUUUGGGUGGCAUCAUCAUAACAAUUGCUGUCACUAUUUCAUUUGAAAAUUGUUGUGUGGAUUAAUUAGGAGCUCCAGUGAUGAUUAGGUUUAGUGACCUGUUUUUCAAUUUCAUACUUAAUAAUUGAAUUAUAAUACUGUUACUGGAUAAACAUAAUUAUAUGAUUGCAAUGGGCAGCGGCCAAUAUUGAAAAAUGAAUUUAUCAUGCUAAUACCCUGCUGCAAUAAAUAUACAUUUAGCUACUGACACAGUGCAGGCUGAACGGUCUGUGGUUUGUCAAGUUAAGCUUCCUCCUCCUUUAAUUUCUCACGAAUACCUUGAAGGCUUGAGGCAGGUGUUAACUUUUUUCCCCAGAGAGUUGAAGGAUCUAGUAUGUAGACCAGAUGGUUAACUGCACUUGCAAGUUUUCUUUUAACAAAUCAAGGUAUUGCCCUAAUAUGGGAAUUUAGAAUUUCUCUUGCGGGCUAAUAAAAUUGACCUUUUCCUUCUUAAAAAACAAACAAACACAAACCUGUUUGAGCAUGGAAACAAAUGUGAGGGGGAAAAGAAAUGGUGUUUGUUUGUGUGUCUGUGUAUCAUGGGAAGUGAUGCUUCUCUCAAAAUCACUUUCAGCUGUCUUAAGAACAGUUAUUUGUCUUCAGCACUCUAAAGUAUUUAAUACUUGUUAAGAAGAGGAAGUUGCAAUAUCUGAUGAGAAGUGGGCCCUUGAAGGUUGGGAAGCUCUCUUUCUUUCUUUCUUUCUUUCUUUCUUUUCCUUGACCAAAGUUUUCCUCAUAAUAACCCCUGGACCUGCGGUUUUCGGAUUCCUCACACCUGCUUUUUCUUUCGCCGCUUUCCUCUCCAUCAUGUCCAGUAAUGGAUUGUAGGAAGGGGGCGUGUUUGCUGUUUGAAAGCUGUGCUCCUCCUAGCUGCAAUACAGAAUGGAAGAGAGAGAGAGGAGGGAGGGAGAGAGGGAGACGGGAGCAGGAAGGGAUGUGAGGCAAGGUUGCCUGAGGAUUUUUACAACCUCGAGCUGCCUAGGCAGGCAGGCAGCAAAAAGAGCAGGCGUGUGACAGGAGCCAGGCAACUGUCUCUAAAGCCAUGGGAGGGAGACGGCCGGGAAUAGUUGCAGUGGCAUUCCCCAACCAUUGUGCCUGCAGUGAGCCACCAAGCAUGUCUGGGACACUCUACUUUUGUCUCUUCUGCCUCAGCCUCCACCUCCUAGGGAGUUCAGCCUUCAAUCUGGAUGUCACCGAAACCAUCCUCAAGUAUGGAGAAAACGGCAGCUUCUUUGGCUUCUCAGUGGCAUUGCACCAGCAGCUCAGACCACAGCCUGCCAGCUGGUGAGUUCCGUGCCGUGCAUGACGGUGCCUUAUUCUGAUUUUUCUCUCUCUUUCUCUCUCUCUCUCCAUACGGCAAGUCCGAAAGGUGAGUGUGAGGAUUUGCGCGCGUGCACACACAAGGAAGAUGAGGCACUGAAGUCUCUCCCGAGCCAUCAAACUUGCCAGGUGGUCUUCUGAAUUUGGCGUGUCGGUUUUAAGCACCGAAACUCUGUAUGUGGGUGUAAAUUAAAUAAUCUCUGCUUCGUUCUCAGACUAUUAGAAUUAAAAAGUAUGUCCAUUGUGUCUUCCGCUUUGGGACUGAAAUAUGUGAAUUGUGUGGUCUGUAAUAUUUCCUUUGCUGCUGCUGAGUUAUUUACAAGGUGUUCUUUCCCUGCACUGUGCUUUGGUUGUAGUUGGGAUUUGUGGAAGGUGCUGAUGUUGGGGGAAAUUGUUUCUUCUGCCCCUGGAGUGGGUGGUGGUGUUUUUUUUUAAAGAAAGCAUAAAUUCCAUUCUUAUUAUGCUUUUAUAGUACAUUGUUUGCAGGGUGGAAAUGUGGACACACACAGACCCUCAUUACAUUCUCCACUGCCCAACCCUAAAUAUUUAUAAUAUUUCUUUAGAGGGAAGGGAAUCUUUGACCUGCAGCAUUAGUUGCCAGACUUUGUAUUACUGUGUUGCGAACUAUUGUCUUGACAAACCUUUUCCCUACAGCCUCCCCACCCCCCACUGAACACACCCCUCUGAAUUUCACUAAUGAACCAGCUGGCAUAUUUUGAAAUGUUUUGUUUGUCCAUGUGUGUGAGCUGUUUUCUGGAAUGCACCCUGAUUUUUUUUUUCCUGCUGCUGCUGCUGCUGCUGCUGCUACUGCAUCCUGGCGGAGAUAUGAAAGGUCAAAUUCUGAUCAGUUUCCAAAGAUGAAUGCAGACUCAUUCAGUGAUUCUGCAGCUUGAUCAUUGCUGAAUGUGGUUCUCCGUUUUCCAGGGAUGAAAUUCACAGCCAGCCACUGAUUGCCACAAGGCUAGGGAUGGAUUCUGAUCGUAGGAGCUUCUUAAUUUUCUCUAGGGUAAAUGCAAGAUCACUAUACUGAACUGAAGCUUGUGGAGCUUCACAGGCAUUCCUGCAUCCCCGCCCUCCGCCGCCAUGCCUUGUAGUAUAUGGGAGUCGCAUAAUUUCGAACGGACAGAAAGCUGGCCAUGUGGCGAAUGGUCAGGCGAGGAAAACCAGGGUGUGAACAUAUUAACCUCUCAUCAUGGUGGUUUUGCAAAUGCAUUAGGAAGGCUUGGCUGGCAGCAUCACUAUGAGGCCUGUGGUCCCAAAAGACCGGGGUGAGAUUAUCUGCCUUUAAUCUGGAGGAGUGGGGGAAUUCUGGUGGCUUGCUUUUAAGUGUUUGAUUUCUCCUGUGUUUUGCUGCGAUGGCGAUGUUGUAAUCUAGGAGUGGUCUACCCUCUAGCCCUGCCCUGAGGGUAGCACGCAGCAUGAAGCUCCUAAUUGCUCUGAAUGUGCUCCUAAGACCCUGUUCUUCAACAGGCAGCCUAUAGGCCACAACAGACCUCCUGAGCCGCUUUGGCAGAUCCUUUGCCUGUCUGCAUCUUCCAUUCACCCUGAAUACUUUUCCUGUCGCUCAGAGCCUAGCUACCUUGUUUUCAUAGGAUAAUUGUGAUUGUAUAGUGUCUUAAAGAAACAUUGCACCCAGGACUGCGGCACCAGCAACAACAGCAAUUGCCUAGGUCUUGGUCCCAGGUCAGCAUCUGGGCUGGCUAAUCCCACAAUUUGAGUAACGUUCUCUUAAGGCUAGCUUCCUCUGUAAACUCCCAUAAUUGAUUUUGGAGCCACUCAAAGCCAGGGCCAGUCCAAUGCAUUUUGCCACCUGAGAUGAAGGAUGAGAUGGUGCACCACCCCCAACACACACAACUUCAAGCACAAAGCAAACUGGAUGAGCCGUUGAAUAUUACUUCACAUUGGUGAUGGUACAGUGUCUACUUAAGAAUGGCUGGCUCGUUUCGUUUUUCAUUGCUUGGAGCCUCUCUUCAAUACACGAUCCUGGGCUGCAGAGAAAGAAGUUAGUUCUACUGCUGCCAUUUAACGGUAUGGUCCAGUGGCUAGGGAACUUGAGCACUUGAAUGCCUUGUUUCAAGCCCUUCUUGUUUCAUGAAUCCAUUCAUUUGCCUUAAACAUCAGUUCUCCAUCUGUAAAAUGGGAAUAAUAAUAUCAGGAUCAUGAAAGCAAACCAAGUGCAGACUGCAGAGGGCUCAGCAGACUCAAGUGCAUCAUAAAUGAUUGUUCAUUAUCAAAGUAAUAUUUAUUUACCUGGAGCUCAGAGAGGCUUAUAUAGGUCUCCCCGAUAACUUCCCAUCCAGGCAGCUCAUGCGACCAAAUUUUUGGGCCCUCCAGACAACCUGUUUAUUUGCUUGCACAAAGCUUAUGUGUUCGUUAUAUCUAGUUUUUAUUUAGCAAGUUCUGGUUUAUUUGCAGGGUGGUUAAAUGGCAAUGAGCCUUCACCCUGAUUUUCUUGUGGGGCAUUUGCAUGCCUCUAUGUUAAUCAUUUGCUUACCCCACACUUUUCAAUGCAUUUCCCUGUCACUUUCCUUCCUGCAGAAAAUCCUUUUUUUUUCUCCAAAGAAGCCCUUUGAUUCACUUUGAAUGUACAACCCCAAAGUUCCUGUGUACUUUUGAAUUUCUCCUUCAAAAUGUCGUUAUUCUGGAGGCAUCCCUACUUAACUUCAGCUGUAGAACAUUAUACAGCCUUCAGGCUGUAGCACCAACAAUGUGGUAGAAGACCGGAAAGGAUAUGAUUAUUUUCUAGCAGGGAGAAUGGUACUUGAGCCCUGGUUCUCAAAGACUAUGUCUGCAGUUGAGGACUUGUGUGUAUCCAGUGUGUAUAGGAUUUAUCAGACUCCUGCCAUCCUUGCUAUGAUUCACACCUCCCAUUUUUCCAUCUACACUGUGGACAGAGCCAAGUGCAACCAGCAGCAAUGUUGACGUUGAGUUCUCCUGUGCCAUGUUCAUGCUUAAAUGGGAACAUACCAUGGGGAUUCUGUUUCUCUUGCAGGAGUGCAGAGACUCUGCUAGUGCAGCCCUAAUUAAAUUACGAGCUUAUAGAAUUCCACUGGCCACACUUGCUAUGGCAUGUCCUCCCUGAUACAACCAAGCCCAGAAAGCAUAACAAUCCUUAGCCGCCUUCUCGCAGCCGAGACCUCCACAUUCCUGAGGCUCUCCAAGCACCUUGGAAGCACAACAGACCAGGGACCAACCCCAGCCCUCCUCUUGAGCUUGAAGGCUUGGGGAGGGGAGCGUUAUUCCAGCAGUUGUACUGUGCUUCACAGGUGCUCAGAGGGCUUCAGCACAACUGUAGGGAUUUCCCCCCAUCUUUUCACCAGCUCCACGGUUGAGAGAAGGGCUGGGGCUUGUUCUGUGUAACACAGCUGCAGGAAUAGUCCCCCAGGCCCCACCCCUCUGCUUCAAAUUUGAGAGGAGGACUCAACUCCUCAUCAUAGCUGUCAACCGUCCCUUAUUUGGCGGGAAAGUCCCUUAUCCCAGCGCCGUGUUCCACUGCUGUCCCUUAUUGAUGAUGUCCCUUAAAUUUCCCGGGUUUCAAAGGAAGCAGCUCCUCUCCCUCCCUCCCUGCUGGCCAGGGAGGAGGGAGGCUCCAACUGUGUUGCUUGGCUGCGUUGCUCACCCAAUAAGGAGUCUAAGAAUGACUGGGGGUGGAGCUUGCAUGCCUUGUGCCGAUCAAAUUGGCCGCGUUGCCUGGGGUCUUGCCGUUUGCUCAGCGCUUCCCAGCGGAGAGGUGAUGGUGGUUUUCCUUGCUGCAUCCCCUUUGAAGGGUUGCUGCACUGUGGGAACCACCGCUUGAGGCUUCGUUUGGCUGCUGGCUAGGCUUUCUGCCUUUGGCUUGGAGGGGCUCAGAAGUCGAACAUACCUGUGCUCUGAAAAUCCCUUAUUUUGGCUGCUGAUCCCUUAUUUCUGAGGCUGCUGGUCCCUUAUUUUCAAAUUUGUAAGUUGACAGCUAUGCUUCUCAUGUACUGGUGCUGUACUUCUGCGACGCUCAUAGAAAUUUGCCGGCGGAGCAUGAGAGAAACAAGUACCAACCCUUCUGCUGCACUUGGGUUUGGAGUGGGUGUGGAUUCCCUCUGACCUCAAGCUGACAUUGAUGAGUUCAGUGUGAAAUCAGGGACCAGGCCCUGCCUGCUUCCUGGUACCUACAAAGGUUUGCUUGGCUAUGAGUUAUGACCAGGGCUGACAUGGCCUCGUUCUUGAUCGCCACUCUCUAGACAAGGGAUGAGGAACCUCAGCCCAAACACAACCCUCAGAGUCUCUCUGUCGGAGCCUUGGAACUCUUUCCCAGACCAUGCCUUCUGCCCAUGCUUAACCCCACAUCGGUCCUUCUUCACACACUCCUCAAGUGCUUUAACUUGGCUGGAAAGUGACUUUGAACUUCAGCGAUACUUCUCGCAUGACUGUACAUGUAUGUGUGUGCAGGUACUCCAUCCAAGUCCCUAAGAUGGUUGGAUGGUGUCUUGUAUGCCUCCUCCUGGCAACUCCUGCAGCCAAGCUGGUGCCGAACGUAUUGCUCUGCUUUCCUUUGGACCACAUCAGCAAGGCUGAGAGGCGGGGUCUUGCCAUCUGGGCAGCCCAGGACCUCCAUCCACGCUGCCCAGGCUUGCACCCCAGGGAGGUCACUUUGGCGCUGCUAAUACAGUGGUUUGACUUCAUCUCCGAAGGCACACUCCAUUGUUUCUCGAGACAAAUGGAUGUCAACAGCAAUGUACAAAAUCAAUUACAGCGUGAUAUAACGUUAAACUAUAGACUCAGAAAACAUUUCUUUUUCUUAGAAUGGAAAGUGCAGCCAAACUUUAAAAAAACCAUAUCUUGAUUAAUAUUUGGUAGAAUUGCAAGAAGCCAGACAAAAUUGCUUUGGGGCCCAGUUCCGGCUCACACACCAUCCAUCAUUGCAGUCUAAGAAGAUCCCUAAGGGAGACAAAGGCAGUUUCUAGGGAAGUUAUGAGCUCCUCCUUGGCUCCCUAUCCACCUCAAUUUUUGUUAAAGCCAGUGAACCAACCCACUCUGCAUCCCACCCCCACAUAAUCUGUGCAUCGCAAGCGAGUUAUUGAUUGUGCUUGAGGCCAAUGAACAGCCUCCUAUUCUUCAUAGCAUAUUUCGCUUGUCAAGAGUCCAGCCCCUGCCUUUGUUUAAGAACCUUCAAGAAGUUUAUGAAUGCACACAUUCCAGUUCCCUUUUAAAAAAAUCUAUCUUAAAUGCAGUAUUCUGUAUGUGUAUGUCAGGGGAGGGGUGUAGUUCUCAGCUUGAAGAUCCUAAAAAUGAGACAAGCUGUGCUCUCUCAUCUCUUUUGAUAUUCUACUCAUACGCAUCUGGUUGGCCACUUUGAGAACAGCAUGCAGGUUUAGAUGGGCCUUUGGUCUGAUCCAGCAAGGCUUUUAAUGUGCUCUUAUGUUAGUUAACGUCACUAUUAGAUGCUCUGCUUCUGUGAUGUCUGCAUGUAGAAUUAUUGUGCAAUGCAUGGAAUCCUGAGCCCAGUUUAAGAUGAUGGCACUUGGCUUUAAAGUCCUAAAUGGUUUGGGGCCUAAAUACUCAGGAGUACCUCUUCCUAUGUCUUAAGGCAACAGUGGGCAACUUGCACCUGUCAAUAUAUUGUUGGACUGCAAUUUGCAUUAGUCCCAGCCAGCAUAGCCAAUCCUUAGGGAUGAUGGAAGCGGUAGUCCACCAACAUCUGGAGGGCUGCAGGUUGCUCUCCCCAUCUUAAGAUCUUCUCUUGAGCCUGUUGUCCAAGUGUGUUUGUAGUGGAUGCUAAUUGUGUGCACGUGUAAAGGAGCGGGGUCUUCUUUGUGUUGGCACCUUGUCUUGGGAAUGGCUUCCUCAAAGAGGUUUGACUGGCACCAACGCUGCAAACUUUCUGGCUCCCAGUUAAGACAGUUUUAUUCACCCAGGCAUAUAAAUGUCUAUGUUGCUUCAAUCUGUUUUACAGUUUUGCACUUUGUGGUUUUAAUGUUGUUUUCAUGGAACUACAUACCCUCCAAGUGCCCCUAUUUUCCAGGGACACCCCUGAUUUAAAGAAGCUGUCCCGGUUUCUGAUUUGAUCCCAGGAUGUCCCACUUUUCCUUAGGACGUCCCUGUUUUCAUUGCAGAAAUGUAGAAGGGCAUGGAGUUAUCCGACUCCCGAGCUGUCUGAAGGCCAUUCUGUUUAGGGAAGUUUUUUUUUAAUGUUUUUAUAUAUGUUGGAAGCUGUCUGGAGUGGCUGGGGCAACCCAGUAAGAUGUGUGGGGUAUAAAUAGUGAAAUUAUCAUUAUUUUCAUAGGAGAAAUGUUAUGUGUAUGUGGAGUAGGUGGAACUAUAUCUGAUAUGUUUUUAUGUCUGUUGUACACUCUCCUGGAAUCUUUUUGGAUGAAGGGUGGCUUAAAAAUAAUGUAAAUAAACAAACGUAACUUUCCUACCCUGGUUCAGCUUGUGACGCUCACUUCAUGCUGACAAAUAUAACCAUUCUAUAUUAUCUUAUAUACAGGGCCACAGUCUCCAGCAUUCCUCAGCUGAAAAUAGAGACAUUUCUCACUCCCCGCCAACUUACCCUCUUUUACCCCCCCCCCUCAUUUUUGGUGCCCGCCCCCAGCAGUUCCUAUCAAAGAAGGGUGAGUUCUACCACCACUACAGCAAAGGGACACAGCACAACCUCUGCCUUGAGAAACAACAACCCUUGAUCCUCAAUCUAUUCUAUUUUAUUCAGAUUUACAAAAAGAAAAACAUACACCAAUAAAGCAGCAGCAGCAGGAAAAAUAGGGAUAUUUUGGGAUCGAAUCAAAAGCUGGGGUGGCUUUUGUAAUUCCGGGACUGCCCCUGGAAAAUUGGGGUGCAGGACCACCACUUGACCUGAUCUGGAUUAUUAUAAUUGGUCUAAUUGGGUGUUGUUGCUUCUGAUUCACAGUGUUAUUUUAAACAACUUAGGUUCAUUGCUGGAAAUAUUUUAGCGCUUAUUUUGUGUGUAUAUUCCACGCAGCGUAAUGUAUGGAAUACAGUGGUACCUCACGUUAAGUACUUAAUUCGUUCUGGAGGUCCGUUCUUAACCUGAAACUGUUCUUAACCUGAAGCACCACUUUAGCUAAUGGGGCCUCCCACUGCUGCCGCACUGCCGAAGCACGAUUUCUGUUCUCACCCUGAAGCAAAGUUCUUAACCCGAGGUACUAUUUGUGGGUUAGCGGAGUCUGUAACCUGAAGCAUAUGUAACCUGAAGAGUAUGUAACCCAAGGUACCACUGUACACCCAUACAUUAGUGACCACUGAAGAAGACCUUUUGGUCAUAUCUCCCUACUCGGCCAUGAAACUCACCUUGGGCCGCUCUCUGUUUCUCAGCCUAAACUACCUCACAGGGUUCUUGUGAAGAUUCAGUGGGGAGGGAGAGGACCAUGUACAUCACCUUGAGCUCCUUUGUAAUGAUAUUAUUAUUAUUAUUUAUUAUUAACAACAACAACAAUCAUGGCUUCCCCCUUGGCCAUAUAAAUGCUUGCAUUUUCAUGAGACUCUUAUUGCAACCCACCUAGGCUCUUUGUGGAUAUUAUUGUCAUUGUCGCAAGGGGAGAAACGGAUGCCUGCCACCUGUCUCCUUGUACAGCCCAGUUCACAGCCAACUUGCUUCUAUAUGUGAUAACAAUUACACUGCAGUUGCUUGUGUGUAGGGCAAUUCCAAUCUGAUUGUGUAAACUUGGCUUGGACCGCCAUCAUAUCCCCUCCUAUUUCUGAAUGUUAAUAGGGCAUUACUGUUUUCCCACCCAGAAAGCUGUUUGGUGCGGGGAAAUGAAUGAGACCUGCAUUAAGGUCAUCAUCAUCAUCAUACAUUAUUCGCACAUGUGCCUUUUCCAUUAGAUCUGUGCACAGUGACAUGCAUUGAAGAGCCACAGUUCAACUGCACUCUCUCUGGAGAAAGACGCGUGUUCGCGUGUCACGCCGUGUGACAAUCCGCAUUUGUUCUGUGCAUUUUUCUGCGAUACCCUAAUGCUUUUCUGUGUGAGAAAAUCCCGGGGUUAAGAUCGCUUUCAUUUCUCACUCGGCCUUCCCUGCCAAAAGCAUUAUAGUACUGAAAGGGGCUGUAUAGAAUUAAUGGAUGCAGUGAUGAAUAUUUAUAACACAACUCCUCCAGCCACUGACUACACGUAGAAUCGCUAAUGGGACAUUUGAGCAGGGACACCCAAAUCCGCAGCCCCCUUUCCCUCUUCCCUCCCCCACCCCACCUACCACACAUAUGCGGUCUUCACCAUGAGCCUCCCAGGGGGUGAAAUGUAUCCCCCCCCCCUCCAGCAACCCAGGGAGCUUCUUCCAUUCCUGAUGUCUUUAUUGCUGUAGACGGGCUGCCCCCCUCCCCGCCCCAACUCCUCAAUUAUUCAAAGGCAGCUGAAAUCAAUAAUCCAGCUGGAAAUCGGAAAUCUGUGUUCCCCCUAGUAAGGCCCAAGGGUGUGUGAUAAAAGAAAUAAAACCCUUACAGAUAUUUUUAAAAAAUGACCUUAGAGAGAGUUUCUGUAUGUUUUUUUAUAUACUCUUUUUAUUUAGGCAUUUAGUGCUGUAGCGGAGGGGAAUAUCACAUACCUAGCACUAUGUGCAUAGCAUCUUCAUCAAUUAAUAAUAAUAAUAAUAAUAAUAAUAAUAAUAAUUUACUGUUGGGGGUGGGCAAUCAUCUGGCCUCUGCCAGUUUCCACUUCCCCACUGCCGUGUGGGUUGUGGGUAAAACUCUUGCAUCUCAUCUAGUUUAUACAACUAGUAAAGGACACGGGUGGUGUUGUGGGUUAAACCACAGAGCCUAGGGCUUGCUGAUCAGAAGGUCGGUGGUUCAAAUCCCCGCAACGGGGUGAGCUUCCGUUGCUUGGUCCCUGCUCCUUCCAACCUAGCAAUUCAAAAGCACGUCAAAGUGCAAGUAGUUAAAUAGGGACCGCUCCGGUGGGAAGGUAAACGGCGUUUCCGUGCGCUGCUCUGGUUCGCCAGAAGCAGCUUAGUCAUGCUGGCCACAUGACCCAGAAGCUGUACGCCGGCUCCCUCGGCCAAUAAAGCGAGAUGAGCGCCACAACCCCAGAGUCGGCCACGACUGGACCUAAUGGUCAGGGGUCCCUUUACCUUUAAAGGUAUAGUAUAGUAUAGUAUAGUAUAGUCCGACCUUAACUGUUGAAUUGAAGCUCAGGGUUUAUCCACACUCAUCUUUUACCCCAUUAUUUCCAGGCAUGGGUCCGUGCUUAAAAGUUCCAUUUCUGAAGCUCCCCCCUCCCCAAUCUUUCCCAUCGGAAACCCAUUCUUUAGUGCUCAGCCGCAGCAAAUAGCAGUUCAAGUUUUCCGCAGAUUGCUGUUUGCUUCAACUGAGCUUUAAAGAGCAGGUUUUUUGCAGGGAAAGCUCUGGAGCAAAAACAAAGACCGCUCGGACACAGAGCUUUAAAGGACAGACCGUGCCCAGAAAGGGAGGAAAACUAAGUAUUGACAAGCCCUCAGUUAAGCAAAGUCUGUCCUUUAAUUUCUGUGUAUCUGAUGAGAUCCGAUUCAGCAGGCAAUACUGGAUUUUCACAAGGCACAACCACAGAACAAUGAGAAAAGCUCUCGGACCCAGGGAAAUUAAUCGGUGCACAAUAUGAUCAAAAUGUGAGUCAAGCAAAAGUGUGGAUGAGCCCUAACUAGCAGUAGUUUUCUCAAGGAGUCUUUCCCAGUCCUUUCUGGAGAUGCUGGAUAGCUCAGUUAGGUAGAGCAUAGUGCUGAUAAUGCCACGGUUGCAGGUUCAAUCCCUGUAUGGGACAGCUGCAUAUUCCUGCAUUGCAGGGGGUUGGACUACAUGAUCCUCAAGGUCCCUUCCAACUCUAGAAUUCUGUGAUUGAACCUGGGACCUUCUGUAUGCAGAACAUCUGCUUUACCACUAAGCAAAGAUCCCAACCAAUCCAUCUGUUUGGAUCAGUACAGUGAUGCUGAGGGGGAAGGAGAUUUAGCCCUCCUUUCCUGCUGGCUUUGUUGCUGUAUACCAGGAACUCUUGUUAAGUUUUCAUUCAAGAGCAGAAAGCGACUGUUGGGUGUCUCUGUAGGACGGCAUCCUGGGUGGAUUGCAGUCCCUGCCUAGUAAAAAUGCCCCAGAUGUAAUCAUGCAGUUUCCCUUUCUGCCCGUUGUGCCACUUCAGUGCCACUGCUUGCAGCCAGAACGGGAACAGGAACUCUCUUUGGGCCUGUGGGCCCUUUCUUGUAAGCCAAACGAACACCUGCUGGCCAGCAAUUGAAUCGGAGAAGGCACCAUUUGCUCACAGUCCUGCUCAUUGUGACUCAGAGGCCGAGCUGGCAGCCGUGGAAGGAAUGUGCGGGCAAGGGCACCUUGGUAUUCCCAGCUCUAUGUGUAAGCUCUUUGUUGGUCAGCCGUCAGGGUUAGGCAAGCGCCCACAGAGAUUCCAGGGUGGUGUUAGCUGGCUUCCUGGCAGGACUGCUACAGACUCUGACUCUGGUUGUAUAAGCAUUGUCCAGUUUCCAGAUCAUGCCCACGGACUGUGAACCUCCUCCAUAUGCAAUGCCAGUUUAAUAUGAAUCCCUGCCAGGUGAAGUGUGAAAGGCUGUGCAUUCUGUUUCACCCCAGCAACAAGUAACCUUAGAGGCGUGCUCCUGAUAAGGAAACCAGACUUGAUGGGUGACAUAUAAAGAGUUGCCGUUCCCUUUGCUUUUGUGCUCCCCUCUUUCUUUCUGGCACCCUGUCUUGAAACCAGAUGUUCCCCUGCCCUCCAAGCUGCAGCUGCCUAACAACAACCUGCCAUCUCUUGUUGCAGGGUGGAACAAUUGGUCCUUUUUGAUAUUAGCCUGUGACUUUGGCUCAUUUUCUCCCUGUGAGACUUGCUAUAAUAAUAAUAAUAAUAAUAAUAAUAAUAAUAAUAAUAAUUUAUUAUUUAUACCCCGCCCAUCUGGCUGGGUUUCCCCAGCCACUCUGGGCGUCUUCCAACAAAACACUAAAAUACAAUAACCUAUUAAACAUUAAAAUCUUCCCUAAACAGGACUGCCUUCAGGUGUCUUCUAAAAGUUUGGUAGUUACCGUAUUUUUUGCUCUAUAAGACUCACUUUUUCCCUCCUAAAAAGUAAGGGGAAAUGUGUUUGCGUCUUAUGGAGCGAAUGCAGGCUGCACAGCUAUCCCAGAAGCCAGAACAGCAAGAGGGAUUGCUGCUUUCACUGCAUAGUGAUCCCUCUUGCUGUUCUGGCUUCUGAGAUUCAGAAUUUUUUUUUCUUGUUUUCCUCCUCCAAAAACUAGGUGCGUCUUGUGGUCUGGUGCGUCUUAUAGAGUGAAAAAUACGGUAUUUUUCUCUUUGACAUCUGGUGGGAGGGUGUUCCACAGGGCGGGUGCCACUACCGAGAAGGCCCUCUGCCUGGUUCCCUGUAACCUCACUUCUCGCAGCGAGGGAACCGCCAGAAGGCUCUCGGCGCUGGACCUCAGUGUCCGGGCAGAACGAUGGAGGUGGAGACGCUCCUUCAGGUAUACUGGACUGAGGCCGUUUAGGGCUUUAAAGGUCAGCACCAACACUUUGAAUUGUGCUCGGAAACGUACUGGGAGCCAGUGUCGGUCUUUCAAGCAAUGUUAAUGGUCGCAAGGAGCUUGGCUGGAAUCGAGAGGGUCCCAUGUGCUUCACAAUAUGUGUGUGUAUGAGUGUGUGUGUGUGUAAGGGAGCAUCUCUUGCAUUAUUUUUCUCCAUUAUAAAUCCCAUCAAACAUUCUCCGCAUUCCUCCUCCUCAAGGGGAUUUGCUGAUACUUUUCUGUGCAACAGACCGAAGGCAAGACUUUGCGAAAAUAAAUACCGUAAAUGUCGUUACAAGCACUUCUCUCCAAAGAGCCUGGAAGGUUUGAACAGGGUCCCUUCUGUCCCCUCUUGUACCAGGCUUGGUGCAUUUUUCUAGCACUCAAGAGUGAAGCUGCUUCCCCACGUGAUCAGCUCCGGUUUCUCAGGGGCUUCUCAUCUGAUUCCUGAUUUAGCUUGUUGAUUAGCCAAGUGGCUAGAGCGCUUUUCUGUUUUUAUCUGACAGUUAGUUACCGUGGUGGAAACAUGUCGGUUUGCAUUAUCUGCUCUUUACAAGGUAAUAUCUACAGACCUCUCACCAGGGCUUGAUCUGAGCCCAGCAUUAGUCCUGAAACUUGUUUUGAGUGCAAGGACAUAACCCUGGCAUGUGUUAAGUAAUAAUGAAGAAUGCCUCUGAGUAUGUGCAGAGGAGAUUUUGUAAUCCACUGAGUAACCCCAGCUGGUGCUGUGUAAACCUGGGAUUAGGUUCUCCUAUAUCAAAAGAAGUACAGAUGUCUGUAUUUUUCUCUGACCAUGAUGCCUGUGUCAUGUAUAACUUACACAUUUUGUAGUUAGUGAGCUUCUUGGGCUGUUUUACUUCGUAAAGCGUGAUAUACUAAGGAUCAGUGCUUUUUUCCUGGGGGGACGCAGUGGUACACAUACCCCUAAACAUUUUUUUAAAGAAAAAAAGCACCACUAAGGAUUAUAGUUAGUGAAUUUCUUGAUACUUUCAGUGAUCUUCUUAGAUUACGACGUGCAUUCUGUUUUUGUUGCUGCCUGUAUUUCUUUUUUUUAAAAAAAUUCAAAAUAAAAUUCCAUGAGGCAAAGAUGGAGGAGGGAGAGGCUUCCCAGGAGAUUUGAGCCGUGACCUCUUUCUCCUUAUUUGUUUCUUCUUCUUUUUCUUAAGAUCUUCUUCCCCAUUGCUGUAGAUCCCAUGCUGUGCCUUGAGUUGGCAGGGCAGCCUGCUGGAGUGACAGCAAGUACUGUAAAGUGCUAGGGCCUAAUGUACUAUUGAGGCCAUUGCCAAACAGUUAUGAAGUGUUGGACCACAACACUCAGAAGUGCAUAGAGAGCUUAAGAGCCCCUCCAGACAGGUGGCUUUUUGUGUGGGUGUGUUAUUGGUGCAAUCAUAGCUUAGUAGUGGUGGGUUUAUAAUGAACGGUCGUUGUCCACAAAAUAUCCUGCUUUAUUAGUUGUCCUGUGAUGCUUUUCCAAUGUUAACGUCGUGUUGAUGUCUCUGGAGGGACACACUAUAGCACACAGUAGAAGCAGGACCCAAAAAAUAAAUAACCCAGAUCAUUCACGGUAUGAAAAGUUAUAGGGUUGCAGCCGAGGGUUAUGGGACAUGCACCGUUUGCAAAUGAAGCAGUAUGUCCUCAUCAGGCACAAACAGUAUUGAAAGCGGGAUUGCGUAUAACCACUGCAAGAUCGCCAUGAGCACAAAUUGUCGUAAAUGCACCAUAAAAUGGACAUCUGGAAGGGCCCUGAAUUGAAAAAGCAGUGUGUGGGUGUGCACAUCUGCAGGCUCCCUUCUCUUUGAAGUAAAAGAUGUAGGGGUGGUCUAUGGCAAGCAUGGAUAAAGGCAGAGAUGGGAAGCAGUGGUCCUUCAUAUGUUGCUGGACUCCAACUUCCAUCAACCCCUGUCAGCACAGCUAAUGGUUUGUUGUUGUUGUUGAGUCGUUUAGUCGUGUCCGACUCUUCGUGACCCCAUGGACCAGAGCAUGCCAGGCACUCCUGUCUUCCACUGCCUCCCGCAGUUUGGUCAAACUCAUGCUGGUAGCUUCGAGAACACUAUCCAACCACCUCGUCCUCUGUCGUCCCCUUCUCCUUGUGCCCUCCAUCUUCCCCAACAUCAGGGUCUUUUCCAGGGAGUCUUCUCUUCUCAUGAGGUGGCCAAAGUAUUGGAGCCUCAGCUUCAGGAUCUGUCCUUCCAGUGAGCACUCAGGGCUGAUUUCCUUAAGAAUGGAGAGGUUUGAUCUUCUUGCAGUCCAUGGGACUCUCAAGAGUCUCCUCCAGCACCAUAAUUCAAAAGCAUCAAUUCUUCGGCGAUCAGCCUUUUUUAUGGUCCAGCUCUCACUUCCAUACAUCACUACUGGGAAAACCAUAGCUUUUACUAUACGGACCUUUGUUGGCAAGGUGAUGUCUCUGCUUUUUAAGAUGCUGUCUAGGUUUGUCUAGAUGGUUUAGAGAGUUGUAAUACAACAAAAGCUGGAUAGCCACAGGCUCCCCAUCCCUGGAUUAAAUGCACUUUUCCUCAUCUACCUGAAGCAAGAGCAAAAAGUGCUGGGAGACAUUUGGGAAUCUCCGUGCUCUGUAAUGUAGCCCCACCACCUCACUGAGUAGAUGGAGCCAGAGUUAAAGCCAGACAUAGCCUUGCUAUCCAAAAGGGGCAGUCGGUGGGAUACUGAAAUGUAUGUUACCCCUCUGGUUCAUUCCCAUGCACAUCACAAGCGGCUGGUGACCUAACUGGGGCAGAACAAACAAGCACUCAAAAUUCUUGUCAUGUCUUUGGUUAUUUUUGAUUGUCCCUUGUGCUCCUGGUUGUCUCAGGCGGGUAUUUGUGGCAGGGGCUCCUGUCUUCUGUCUCGCUCACUCAUGGCAUUUGGGGGAAGGGCACUGUUUUCAUUUGCAAGAAUCAGUGCUGCUGCAGUAGCAGCACGAUUUAGGGAAGCAUCCAGGACAGGGAAGGGGAGGUUCUGUUGCCAGGUAAAGUGGGAUGACCCCAACACGUUUUUGGGCCUGGGGCAAGAAAUCCCAACACUGACUUGCCCACAUGAUACUGAAAACGUCAUAAUAAAAUAAGCAAAUUAAGACAUUGCUGCUCUUUAUGCUUCUUCCAAAACCUGUUGCCUGCCUCACACCCUACAUAAUGGUGGGGCUGAUUUUGACUGGGGAGCACUGGGCUGGAGCAGGUUGAGAUGAGAGAUUGGCAAUAAGUGGUGCUAAUGGGAUUUUCUCUUUUUCCAUGCGUUUUCCCCAUCCUUGAAUGUUUUUAGGGCAUCUGAAUGUGGGCAGCCCCAAGUUGGAGGGAAACAUUUGCUGCUUGUAUCCACUGAGAAAGUUGUGCAGUAAUUAUAUCUUGCCUGCAAGUGCCCCUCAUGGGGUUGGAACCUGGUGGUUAUACCCCUGGGGCAGCAGGCACACACACACAGUUGCAUAAAUAUUUCUGGCCUCCUCCUUUUUUGGACAUGCUGGAUGCUGAGUUAUUUUGAGUGAAUUCCUGUUUAUUUUUACCAUCUCUCUCUCUCUCUGCCCUUCACCUCCCAGACUCCUUCCUGCCUAUGAAUUACCCUCUUCCCUAAGCCAGAUCUAUAGCAGGGGGCUGCAAUUCCUGGCUAACGCAGUCACCAUGCAAUGUUGUCUUAAAAGAGUAGGGGUGUCAGUUCUGGGAAUAAGGGAGGGGCAAAGACUUCCUGGCUGCUCUUUUCACAGAGGGGAGCAGCAUAGAGAGAUGGUAAAAAGUGGGCGACUCAAGCAAGCAUUCUAGAUGGUAGUAUUUUAGAGACGCUAAUAAUCCCAUAAUCAUACUCCAGGAUUCCUUGCAAUGUGGCAGGGGAUGUUGAGGCACAGUCCUUGGAUGGUGCCAUGUGUGCAGAUGCUUUGUCUGGCUUUGACCCUGGUUUCUAAUCUAGGUGACAUCUAAGUAGCCGUGUUCCCAUGCUUUUGUGAGUAACUACGGUACUCUGAAUUAUAGGGACGCGGGUGGCGCUGUGGGUUAAACCACAGAGCCUAGGACUUGCUGAUCAGAAGGUCGGCGGUUCGAAUCCCCGCAAUGGGGGAGCUCCCGUUGUUCAGUCCCUGCUCCUGCCCACCUAGCAGUUCGAAAGCACGUCCAAGUGCAAGUAGAUAAAUAGGUACCACUCCGGUGGGAAGGUAAACGGCGUUUCCGUGUGCUGCUCUGGUUCGCCAGAAGUGGCUUAAUCAUGCUGGCUACAUGAUCCGGAAGCUGUACGCCGGCUCCCUCGGCCAAUAAAGCGAGAUGAGCGUCGCAACCCCAGAGUCGGUCACGACUGGACCUAAUGGUCAGGGGUCCCUUUACCUUUUUGCUCUGAAUUAUACCUGUUACAAUGAUUUCAGCAUUAAACAAGCUGCUUUCAUAGUAUCCAGGCAUUUCAGCCCUGUUGCAAUUUAACAACUUUGGUUCAGCCUGGCUGCAUACUCUCUUGCCUUGUUUUCACCAGCUGCUCUGGGCUUUCCUGCAUUUCACAGUUUGUAAGGUCUUUUCUUCUCUAUUCCCUGAGCAAUGAGAUGUUCAUAACAGUCUUUGUAGUUUUCCCCAGUUGGCAAAGAGAAUAUUGUGCUUGAUUACAUGGUUGGCUCCUGACCAUCCUUUGUUAAGCUGAUUGCUUGCUAAUAGUCAGAAAUGAUUCACUGAUAUCUUCUCAGUGGGUUGUCUGGAAUGUAACAACUGGAAGUUAACAAGGCCUUGAUGGCUGAAGAAUCUCUAUUCCCCCUCUGGUUUGGGGAAAGGGCAAAGAAUCAAUUUGAAGCCAGAUUUGCAACAUUGUGUUUUAGAAAAAGCAAGGAGCACGCUGGUAGCACAAUACAUUUCGAAACAUGUUCUGGAUUGGGGCACCAUUCAAUAUAAAAGUGGCCAGUUUGAGCAUGCCUUUAGCAACAGGUAGUUUGGCCUCCAGGUUGUUUCUGACUGGCUGACACUAUGACACCACACCAUCAUUGCUACCCAGUUCCCAUUUUGUUCAUUGCCAUCCCUCUCUGGUCUCUAAUAAAACUGAGGAUGAAAGUCUUCUCACUUUCGUGGACCUUUCCUCUGGAUUGCUUUGUCUUAAAGUGGCAGCUAGACUGGUGACGGGGAGCGGCCGCCGAGACCAUUUAACACCGGUCUUGAAAGACCUACAUUGGCUCCCAGUACGUUUCCGAGCACAAUUCAAAGUGUUGGUGCUGAUCUUUAAAGCCCUAAACGGCCUCAGUCCAGUAUACCUGAAGGAGCGUCUCCACCUCCAUUGUUCUGCCCGGACACUGAGAUCCAGCUCCGAGGGCCUUCUGGUGGUUCCCUCCUGCGGGAAGCCAAGUUACAGGGAACUAGGCAGAGGGCCUUCUCGGUAGUGGCGCCCACCCUGUGGAACGCCCUCCCACCAGAUGUCAAAGAGAAAAAUAACUACCAAACUUUUAGAAGACAUCUGAAGGCAGCUCUGUUUAGGGAAGCUUUUAAUGUUUAAUAGGUUAUUGUAUUUUAGUGUUUUGUUGGAAGACGCUCAGAGUGGCUGGGGAAACCCAGCCAGAUGGACGGGGUAUAAAUAAUAAAUUAUUAUUAUUAUUAUUAUUAUGCAUGCUGGUAUUGGUGUGCACAUACAUGCGCCAGAAGCAAAAGCAGAAAAUGAAGAAGAGCCAGUGCAAUUGAGAAUAUUUUCUCUUAACCUUUCCAGUUUUAUUAAAGGCUGUCGGGUGGGGAGGCCACACUGUAGAUGCUCCCCGUGGUAAUGGAAAAGGGGGAACAAUUGAGGAAGGAAACUGUGCCUGAGAAUAGUGACCAAGUAGAUACUUUUGUAGCUGGGGAAGUGGUUAAAGAGUGUGUGUGCUCCUGCAUUUGUGCGCAAGUGCGCACACAACCCUAUAGAAAAGAGGAAUAAAAACAGAGGACUUCGGAUGGCACUCAGCAGGGAGCACUCACCUGAGAGUGCUGCUGUCUUUUAAGUGGCAAGCUUGGACUUUCCUUCCAGCCAGCCAGCCCCACUUCCUUCACAAUUUCACAAUGAGAAAAUACCCAGAACCUAUUCCAGCUGAUUCCCUUCAACCCAAGGCUCCUUCAGUAUACUCGAGUGCAUCCACACUCAUUUUCAUUCUGUUUAAUAUAUGCAUGAUCUGAAGGCUCUUGGGGAGAUGGUGUGUAGCCAAUGGGGAACAGGCAUAAGGGUUUAUCUAGGAUGGAUACACCGAGUGCUUGCAAGUGAAGGCACAUUCGCUUUCCCAUGGGAUUGCUUUCGCAGCUGUUCAAGGAAAUGUCUAAGCUUGCAUGUGCCAAAAUGUACCACCCUGCAUGUGUGUGUGUUUCUAAGCAUGUUGAAGUUGGGUGGAAUUAGUCCAGGGGAAAAUAAGAAAGUAGCGGGGCACAUUUAUGCACGGACAAAUUUCCACACCUGUUGUUUUCUGACUUGAAGUCAACCCAAACGUCCCUUUUGAGUUGCCUGUGUUGAACUGAGGAGUGAGUGGUUUUUCCAUUUACGAUAUGACGCACUCAGGCUUUACCCAUUUUCCAACAGCUUCUGAGAAUGAGCUGUAUCUAUUGCUAUCUGGUUGCACCGCAAGACUGCAGGACCUCAUGAAAAAAGCAAAUUGUAGUGGUUGCAACCCAACUGAAAUGGUGGUGUGAAUGCAUGUGCAGAAAACUCAACAGCUGCACAAUUGUUAUGACCUCAGUAUCCACCCUCUCUGCUGAGAAAAUGCCUUCUAAUUAACAGCCUGUUUAGGGAUAUGGUCAAGGAGUGGGGGGGGGGGGGGGAGCUUGCUUUUAGGAUAUGCUUCCUUUUAACCUCUGUUCUGCAGUCAUUCCUUGUGGUUAGAGGGCACUGCUCCCCCUUUUUUUCUUGGACUCUUCCAGGAAGCUACAUGAUUGUUCAGGGUUGCUCCUAGCUUGUUCUGUUGCUGUGGAUACUUGAAAGUGACCACUUGGUUCCAUUGUUGCUGUGUACAUACGGUUUGAAAUGCAUAGAGCUUGCUUUUUUCACAGAGUACUUUUCUACGUAGUACUUUGCAGUUGUACAUACCUUCAUGUGAUUUCUUUGCCUAAAGUAGGAAUUAUUACUGUCUGUGUGCAUGCAGGGGUGUGUGUGUGUGUGUGUGAAUAUUCUGUUCAUCAAUAUUCUGUUCUCCCUUCCCCACAGUUAGUCUAUCCAUGUCCCCACAAUGCUGGCAGAAAUGACAUAACAGCUCCCUGCAUCCUUUCUCACUUUAAAAAAUCAUACUUUUUCAGUGUACAGUUAAUCUCUCAAUUUACGCACAUUUAACCUGUGCGCAUUCAGCUUUCUGUGUGUGGCAGAAAAAGAGAGAUGAAAUUUAAAAGGGGGUGAGGUUCCAGGAAAAAUGACUUUGGUAAUCCUACCCACUAUUGAACCCAAUGUGUUUUGUCUCUAUGAAAUUUGGCUUUAGGUACAAUAUCCGGAAUGUAACCCCUGCACGUGUUGCAGGCUUACUGUGCUGAAACUCUGGUAGGAAAGCAGGAAUGGAGUCAUUAGAUCUGCUUCAGUAGGAGGUGACCUGCAGACUGUGCCUUAGAUAGACCCAACCGUGUGGGACAGGGAUGACUUGGGGACAUUGUUAUGUGUACAGAAUCCCUAUCUGCCUGCAUCUAGCACUGAAUGCACAUUAUUGCACACUGUGUAGGUAAAAGAUAAAGGUAAAUGACCCCUGGACAGUUAAGUCCAGUCAAAAGCGACUGUGGGGUUGCGGCUCUCAUCUCACUUUCAGGCCAAGAGAGCCGACAUUUGUCCACAGACAGCUUUCCGGGUCAUGUGCCCACCAUGACUAAACCCAUUCUGGCGCAAUGGGACACCGUAACAGAAGCCAGAGCUCAUGGAACUGCCGUUUACCUUCCCGCAGCAGCUGUACCUAUUUAUCUACUUGCGCUGGCAUGCUUUCCAACUGCUAGGUUGGCAGGAACUGUGACAGAGCAACGGGAGCUCACCCUGUCACAUGGAUUUGAACUGCUGACCUUCUGAUCGGCAAGCCCAAGAGGCUCAGUGGUUUAGACCAGUGUUUCCCAACCUUGGGCCUCCAGCUGUUUUUGAACUACAAUUCCCAUCAUCCCUGACCACUGGUCUUGCUAGCUAGGGAUGAUGGGAGUUGUAGUCCAAAAACAGCUGGAGGCCCAAGGUUGGGAAACACUGGUUUAGACCACAGUGCUACCUGCAUCCCUACGCCCUGUGUACACGCCCUGUGUCUCAUUACUCUUCAGGUGGAAAUCUCUUUCCUGGACACCCAACCAUAUGGGCCACGUAGCCCAACUCACUCUGGAUUCAAUCUAGAGAGGCUUCUGGGGUCAGAGUGAGUUCUUCACAGGCUAUGAUUAAAACUCCCCUGGGACUUUGCUGAAUUUUCUGCAGCACGGAUGUAGCUCAGAUCAGAGGGUGCGUUUUGCUAGGGAAGAUCAGGGAAGAGGAAGCUUUCAUCCUGACCCCACCAUCUUUCCCCUCUGCUCUUGGUGGCUCAUCUUAUCUUGAUUAAUUACUCAGAGGCAGCUUAUUUAUUGUACAUGCCAGUUCCUGGCAUUGCCGCAGCUGUGCUCACCAGACAUCAUUCCUCCUUCAUUACGAACGCAGCCCCCAACUAGUUUGUCAUUAGUUCCAGAUCAGUGCCUGAGGUAUCGUUGCUGCUGUAUCCCUUGCCAGGCCAUAGCAGAGCCACUUACAGAGGGGUCCCUGUGCCCAAAGCUAUGGAUAAAGUUUCAAGACGGCUGGUAGAAAGGCACCCACAUCCCCCUUCCCCAGGAUUUUAGAAGCAAAUCUUUAAAAAGCCAGGCUGCUUCUGCUCUCCACCAGAUUCUAUAUCUGGGGAAACGUGCAAGAUCAAGGGAUUUUCUGCUCAGUUUUAUUAGUAACAGGUCCCUUUUCUAGAUGCAGAUUCUUCCCUCUCCUCUAAUAGCCAGGAUGCACCAUCCUGUCAUUGGGUAGAGAAGACAUACCACCCCCUUACUAACUAUGGAGUUCAGAGACAGUCUCUGCUGUGGGGGAAUCAGGGCGCAGUUAGCACUUCUCUGGCAACUUCCCAUAUAUCCCUAUGGAAGUUACCCUUCCCUUCUGAAGGCCUAGAUUUUGAAAACUAUUUGUGUUGUGAUGUGUGUGUGUGUUUUGAAGGAAGUUAUAAAUUUGUAGUUUGCUGUACUAAAACGAUUCCCUCUUUCAUUUCUUCACUUCGAAAGCUCUCAAGUUAACCCAUGUAAACUUGUGUAUAUCAGGAUCUCUCUUUUCCUCUGUGCCCCUGUGGUGGAUUACCAAUCCAGCAAAGAAGGACUGUGUGGGUUUUUUUCUCAUUCCAGCACCGGCAGAGAACAACUUUAGGAUUGUUCGCACUUUUGUGUCCUCUUCUGUUUUGUGUGUGCACAAUUGAGCAGGGGAAUGCAUAGCUGUUUGUGCCUUUUUAUGGCAUAAUGAAAGCUUCCCUCUGUGACUUCUUGAAAACUUCUGUAGUUGUGGCGAUUAUCAUGCAUUUAUGCCCUUUGAAUGUAUUAAUGUAUAUGGAUGAAUGUUGUGGAGGACUGAAAAUCUAGGCUUCCUAGUUGUAAGGUCAGAGAACUGAUCCACCUAAUUUUGUAUUGUACAAUAGCUGUCUAGAGUAAUGGCUAGGAACUAUUUUUCUUUAUUAAAAAACACACACCCUGAAAUUCUCAGCUACCCAUAUUCUGUUCCAGAUGCAAUUUCCCAUUCCACCCUCCUGGCAUCCUUACCAAGCUGACAGCCCUGGCCAUCAUUCUUAGCUCUCCAUCUCCAUCCUUAAGUGUAGAUUCAUCUUCACCACUUCAUUCUGAGGGGCAUGAAUCAUGAGGGUUUUUAUUGCUUUGCAUCUGGCAUGAGGGAAUCUGCGCAAGUAGGGGAGAAAGGUCAUAUAUGUGGACUGGCAGGUGCAGAUGAGCCCUGCCUCCAGCUUUCCUUGUGCCCCAUAGCCAGGAAAGCUGGCAGCAGCUAACAUUGGAUGGGGCUUCUGCAGUCAUAACACACCACCAUAACAAAGGUCGCAGCUGCUAAAUUGUCGUAUUGGCCAUGGUGCGUAGGCGGAUGCCUUGAUCCAAGAGAAAAGGGGAAAUGGACACCAGUACCCAUGAUUGCCCACAACUUUUGCCAUAUUAAAGCAUUCCUGUGCUAGAUUUCCCCCUUCAAACUACCCCUCUUCUCAUGAGACCCUUUCCUGGUAAGCACAGUCAGUUGAAUCUGACAUUCUGCUUUGGCUCUCUUGGGGGAAAUCAUUUAUGAAAGCAUAUCACCCCCCCCCAACUGUUGCAACCCACUUGUUUGGCCAUGUUAAUGGAAAAUCUUUGUACAGAAGCCAUGACAAUCCAGUGGGAAGAGCCUCUAGGUCCCUGAGAGGAGGGGAAGCAGGAUGUGGGGAGAAAGGAGAGUGCUUUAAAAGCUUCAUUCCCCAAAGGAGCUGACAUUCACAAGGGUUUGGAAAAGUUUGGGCCUCUAAAACAGAGGCAUGCACACUGGAGCUUGUAGACCACGGCAGGGUGUGGAUGGAUUAUAUGGGCUACUACAGUGAAUACAGUGGUACUUCAGGUUACAUACGCUUCAGGUUACAGGCUCCACUAACCCAGAAAUAGUGCUUCAGGUUAAGAACUUUGCUUCAGGAUGAGAACAGAAAUCAGGCUCCGGUGGCGCGGCAGCAGCGGGAGGCCCCAUUAGCUGAAGUGGUGCUUCAGGUUAAGAACAGUUUCAGGUUAAGUACGGACCUCCGGAAUGGAUUAAGUACUUAACUCGAGGUACCACUGUACUGCCACUUUCUACGGCAGCAAGGGGAGGAGAGGGAGAGAGAGAGAUCUAUGCUACAUCUUCAAAGUUGGUCUGAAAGAGUCAGGAAAUUCUGGAAAAGGGAUUCCAAGGUUUCACAGAAGCACCAGGCUAAGCAAGGGUGGGGAACCUGUGACCAUCCAGAUGUUGUUGGACUCCAACUCCCAUCAGCCCCAGCAAGCCCAGUCAAUGGCCAGGGCUGCUUGGAGUUGUUGUCCAACAACAUCAUGUUCCCCCUCACCCGAAAUAACGAAAUGUAUAGGACCUUUCUUCUCCAGGGGUUCAGAUUUUGAUGUGUUCCUUGAUAAGUACUGACUGAAAUCUGUUCUCCUGUUCUGCAGCUCUUAGACCAAGUAUCCGAAAGUUACUAGCCUGAUUUUUUAAAAACUGUCCAGCUGGAGUUGGGAGCUGGCAGGGGACCAGCACACUCCAUUUCUCUGCAGGACACAGAGGAGGCAACCUCCCUCCUCUGGCGGCUUGGUUUCUGUCCUGAGCACAGAGAGACAGGGCACCCUGUCCCUUCUCUGCCAGCCUGCUUACCCUUGUCUCCUGAGGCUACCGGGAAAAUACUCAAAUGGUUAAGUCUUGAGUAUGUGUCUGGUGAUUGCUUCCCAGCCCUGUUUGGAGAUGUUAAGAAUUGAACCCAGAACCUUGUGCAAGGGAAUUACGUGUUCCACCACGGAGCUACAGCCUUUCCCCUUAAGAUUGUGUUGCAUCACAUUUUUUCUGGGCAGGAAGCAGGGUCUGUCUCAGGCUGCAAACUGUUUGCCAUUUGUACUAAUUUUUGCUUUGAUUAUGUAAAAUACAGUUUCAUUAUGAUCAGAAUUUUUGUUUGUUUGUAGUACUGCCAUUUUUCGCUUUAUGCAUUGUUAGGUCUUUUAUUACGGUAAGCCGCCUUGAGUUUUCAUUUUCAAAGCCAGUGUAUAUGCUUCUAAAGCAAGUGUGCAACUGAGUAAAUACAUAAAACAGCCACACAAAACUGACUGGUGUAGGGAAGCCUCAGGAUAUAGUUCAGCCUGGGAGCUUUCUCUUUAAUCUGUUUUGAUAUUGGACUAUGAGAGAGAGCUGAGAGAGAGAGAGAGGGAGGGAGGGAGGGAGAAGCUGCCCUUGUCCCUUAAGGCAAGUGUGAAACAGUUUGUGGGCUGGUCGAAAUCGCUUCAUGUCCCUGUUCAUAAAGUGUCUCAAGAGCUGGAGGGAGGGAGGGUGCGACAGCUGCAGUGGAGAUCCAGGAACAGGUGAUGGAUGCAAAUGUUGUGGUCCGAGAGGCGCAUGGUUGCUGAGGAGUGCGCUGCUGCUGCUGCCGCCUCUCCUUGCUGGAGGAAGGGAUUGAAAGGUCUACCGCUCUGUUCACCACCUCCCCUCCACCCUUCUCACUCCCCACAAAACUGCCCGUGGUGGAAUUUGAUUUCAUUUUCCCUUUUAACUAAUUGGCGUUUUCAUUAAGCCCCUUAAUGUCGUGGGGAGGGGGAGGGGAGGGAUGCUCAAGGUCACUGAGGCACAGUGCGUAAUGGAAAAGAGGCAGGCAGCCUUAGCCAGCUCAGCAGAAUUCAGGUCCCCCAGCGCUUUUAGCCCUCAUUGUUUCGUUCUCCCAUGCCUUCAUUGGUGCUUUCUCCUAUAUAUCAUCCCUAUGCUAGCAGACCCUCUCAAGUCCCAGAAGCAAUCCUGGUUUCUGAUUUGGUCCCAGAAUGUCCUGCUUUUACUUAGGAUGCCCAUAUUUUCAUUGGGGAAAUGUUGGAGGGUAUGGAGUUAUGCGACCCCCCCCCCAAAUCAAGGAGAUAAGUAACUAUACAACCUUUGGGAGACAUCUGAAGGGAUAGGGAAGUUUUUUUAAUACUCUGUUUAUGUUUUUGUAUAUGUUGGAAGCCACCCACAGUGCCUGGGGCAACCCAGUAAGAAGGGAGGGGCAUAAUAAUAAUAAUAAUAAGAAGAAGAAGAAGAAGAAGAAGAAGUGUUCCUAUUUUCAUCUGGGAAAUGUUGGAGGGUAUAUGCUGGUGCAGCCACCCCCUGCACUUAUGCCCAAAUCACCCUAUUCUUUUUCCAAUGCUUGUACAACCCACUUUUUGUUGCAGUAGCAAACUGUUCCCUGAAUUACUGCAAAAGACUGUCAGCUUUCCUUCACUUUCUGCACCCAAUCAAACCUCCCAUCCUUUUAUUCAAGGCUGCCUGUCCUUCAUAUAGCAUGCCUGUUUUAUUAUUAAUAUUAUUAUUAUUAACAUUAUUAUUAACAUAUUAUUAUUAUUAUUAUUAUUACUCCCUCACCUUCACCCUAAAGCUCCAGUACAGGUUACAGCAAUUAAAACACAAUGUUAAAAACAGUUUAAAACAACUCACAAGCAGAAGGAAGUCAGCACCAUCAGCACACAAAUCAUCAUAAAGGCACAAUAAAAAGGAUGUCUGGAUGGGCUCUUAGAUUGCACAAGCACUCUGUGAAAAUUACAGGCCCUUAGUCUGGGGCUUUAUUGGCCUGUUUGAUCAAUCUGGCCCUAGUCAAAAAGGCCUCUGUUUCCGUUGUUAGAGAGAAAAAUAAUCAAGUUCAUGGCUAGUUAUAGACAGAAACUGUGAGCUCUAUGUGAAUCACCAAAAUGGAGCUCAGAGACCACCAGGGCUCUGUGGACCACAGUUUGAGAACCUUUGGGUCUCUACACUGAGUGGCAGCAGUCCUCUAAAGCAGGGGUUGUCAACUGGUCCCUAUCGCCCACUAGUGGGCUUUUCAGGAUUCUAGGUGGGCGGUAGGGGGUUCUACGGCACAAGCUGAAUCCUCCUUCCAUCGAGCACUGGUGGGCGGUAAGAAAAUUUUACCAUCAAGAAAGAUGCAUUAGUGGACGGUAGGUCUAAAAAGGUUGACUACCCCUGCUCUAGGGUCUCAGACACUGGUCUUUCUCUGUGUUGUGUGACCUGCACGUGUGGUAAAUAAUGUAUGCUGCAUGUGUGGCUUUGCAUAUGCCGUGAGUGUGUAGGAGUGGUGCAUAUCUCUUGUGUUCAUGCAUAAAUGAGCACAAUCACUUUGGCCAUGACCGCUCAUGCGCCUGUGGCCCCUGGAGGGCUUCCCGGCCUGAAGGUGGCCCUCAAACUGAAAUUGGUUAGCCACCUCUGUGUGGAGUCAAGGAUAGCUCAUGAGACAACCAGACAAUGAAACCAGUGGCGGGAACAAUGAAGAAGAUGGAAUAGAGACCACAAAGACGCUGGUGUGAAGGAACUGGAACUAUAGCUCCCACGGAACGAAGAUGAUGAAUCGAAGACUAAAUGGCUUGACGACAAAGUUGGUUUUUUAGUAGUGGGGAAGGAACAAACUGAAAAGAAGUCUAUUAGGUAACCUUCUGAAAUAAUUUUCAGAACCCAGCAGCCAGAGACAGACUUUUGCCAGGCGGGAAGAAAGCUGGAAAGGCAAUCUCCCACCCAGGACAUGGACCCGCCAUUGGUUUCGUUGUUUGGUUGCCAACAUGAGACAAGUUAGUUUUUGUCCAGCACGUGAUUUUAAGGACUGAUGUAAGGGAAAGUGUGUGUAUGGGUACACAAGCCUUUGGCAUUUUCCUUUGUAUGUAAAUACAGGCAGAAGAGAAACUGCAGUCUGUGCGUGUGAGAUAGGGGGUGGGGUAGAAUGUGCCUUAGCUUAGGACCCCCCUAUCUUUUAACCUGUCUUAGCCCUCAGCAUCCCACAGCUGCCCAGUUGCAGUGGGACCAGGGAUCAGAGCAUGCUUCUAAUUGCCGCCCCCACCACCCCAGGGACCCCUGUCACACUCUCCCAGCUCUCUUUCUCAGUCCCGCUAAUGCUCUGCUCCAUUUCUUUCAGGUUGUUGGUGGGAGCGCCACAGGCGGCUGCUUUGCCGGGUCAAAAGGCCAGCAGGACUGGCGGCUUGUAUGCCUGUCCCUUGACCCAUGAGAUUAAUGACUGCCAACGAGUGCCCAUCGAUGAGGGAGGUAAGUGAGCAGCACUGUGAAAAUACCCAAGGCUGUCAUAUGGUGUCAUUCAGUGUCUGAUUUGGAUCAGGGUGAUUAAACUGGAGUCAGUUUGGAAUUGGAGUUGGGCAUGAUGAUGAUGAUUUUAUUUAUACUCCACCCAUCAAGCUGGGUUUCUCCAGCCACUCUGGGCAGCUUACAACAUAUCUAAAAACAUAAAACAGGGAUGUCCAACAGGUCAAUCGCGAUCUACUGGUCGAUCCCUGGGAGGUUUUGGUAGAUCACGAUUGAUCGCUGGCUCCUCCAUCUGGCCUCGCUCCCUCGCCCUGCCCUCUAGAUCGGCAGUACGAAAGACGGAGGUCUUGCUGCGACACCGACUGUUUCAUAAGUGAUCCUUUGGUGAGCAGUUUAAUUCAUUUUUUCCUUUGCCCUGCCCCCCCAAUGGGUUUACCCUCCCCUAAAAAAAGCUCAUCAACUUUGCUCUGAACCCCCCCAAAAAACAGGACGUUCCUCCCUAAAAAAAGUUCAACAAUAACUUUGACCUGAACCCGCCAAAAAUUGGGUAGAUCAUUCCGUCCCUGACAUAAAACAUCAAGCAUUAAAAACCUCCCGAUACAGGGCUGCCUUCAGAUGUCUUCUAAAAGUUGUGUAAUUAUCUCCUUGGCAUCUGGAGGGAGGGCAUUCCACGGGGAGGGAACCACUGCCAAGAAGGCCCUCUGCCUGGUUCCCUGUAACUUUGCUUCUCGCAGUGAGGGAACCAGCAGAAGACCCUCGGAGGAGGACCUCAGUGUCUGGGCUGAGCGAUGGGGGUGGAGGCGUUCCUUCAGCUAUACUGAUACCAUUUCCUGCAUCCUGUGCAUGGCUUAAUUUGAUCCUGCCUGGAUUUUCCACAGUGUAAACCUGCAACCUGCUUUUCAGUCACCUGCUCACACUCUGAACAUGUUAAAUAAGAAUUGGUUGAGUGACUGAAUGCAUAUUGAUUCAAUUUCCUUUACUAUUAUGUAACAAUACCCUGUUCUCACAAGCUUGCCCCGGCACCUUGACCUCCAGAAAUUUAGCAUAAGCUGUACUAAGGCUAGUCCGGAUUAUGGUUCCUAAAUCUUAUCUGGAUCAAUUCAGUUCUUCUUAGAGGGCAAUGAGGAGUAUUCCUAUGGACACUGGCUUGGAUUGGACACCUUGGUAUUCCAGCAUAGAAUUAUUGCUGCCAGUCUAACACCCUUUUCUGGGUUUCUACCACAUUGUUACAAACAUGCUUACCAGAGUAUUCUACUCCUUAGGACCAAACUACAUGUGAUACGGGAGGUCUGCAAUUAAAUCUGCCAGAUUUUUUAAAGGUGACUGGAGGUGUGUGUGCAUUAGGUAGACGGGAGCAACAGUACUAUGUGAGGGAGAUCUUAUGCUGCAUCUCCAGCCCAAAUUGCCUCCGUGGAGCUUUAGAGAGAAACACAGAACUACUUGCAUUGUCCCUGCUCUUAACUGAGAGGUCCUGUCAAGGCCCAUGCAUGCUAUGUAAAAUCCUGGCCAGUGCACCAACACAAAUUCAUUACGGCUGCUCUAUUGAGUACGUUCAACUUACCAGAACUGCUGAAUAUGGCAGGGCCCGGAUUGACACCUGAAUAUUUUCCCUCCAAGGCUCAUGGCUGCUUUAUGCAAAUCAGGCACCGUACAUCUAAUUUUAGCUCAAGAGGCCCAUUUGUGGAUCUCCCAAGACACAAGUAGUCUGGCCCUCAUUGGCCACUGGAUUGGUUGAGGUUAUUUCCCAUCCCAAAGUAUUACGAAAGGAGCAAAUGCUCCAUAUCCCGUCCUGCAUAAUGGAGGGAUGAGCUUGAAUCCUCUCCCUAAAUUGAGAUUGAUAUCUCCUCUCCAUCUCCUCCACACCUUGCAGUUGACCUGAAGAAGGAGAGCAAGGAGAACCAAUGGCUGGGAGUCACCGUCAAGAGCCAGGGCCCCGGCGGCAAGAUUGUGGUCAGUGGCCAUGGAUGGAUGGAUGGGUGGGUGGUCAUUCUGUUAACCUGUUUGGGUCUGGAUUUCAGAAUAUAGGCUGCUAUCCUCUGCGUUAUAUAUAGCAGGUGAAGGAGCUCCUUGCUCUUUCCUCAGGGUUUUUCUUUGGGGAGGGACAGUUUAGUGCAGUGAUUCCCAUUCUUUUUUUGGCCACCCCCACCUAAGCAUCUCUAAAAUCCUGAUCUCCGCCCCGCCCCCAGUGACAUAAAAUUCUUAUUAUUCAAAAAGUGAACUCCUAUUCACAUGGAAGAAGCCUAAAAGGCAAUUCACUGUUAAUAACUCAUUCUUGAAUUGCCCCCCCUUAAAAACCAGAUUGCCCCACCCCCGUGGGGCAUGUGCCCCAUGUUGGGAAUAACGGGUUUAGCAGAUUAUUGUGGAAAGAGUUAUAUGGAAGCAGGUGGGUGGAGGGAUAUAAAAGGAGACAGAUUUCAGAUGAGCUGAGGACAGAUGGGAUAAGGUGAGGUUAAGAAGAGCCCCCCCCCUUGCUGCUUUUGUGUUCACAUUAGGGCUGGGCGAUAUCUUGUUGUCAACAUCGCGAUAUAUCACCAGAUAAACAUCGCAAUAUACUGAUAACAUCGUGGUGUCUGAAAUAAGGAUGGAGCUAUGUAGAGGCCAUUGGCUGACUUCACGGCUUUUCCCGCAUCAUGAUUUUUGCCUAGCACACACAAAUGUACAUCAUGAUUUGUGAUAUAUUGCCAGGUCAGAAAUUAUGAAGCCGAUAGUAGGAUAUGGACUCUAAACUGGUUUUGGAUGAUACUGUAUAUCACCCAGCCCUAGUUCACAUUAGCAGUGCAAACCAAUUCUAGGUCAUUUGGUAGGUGGGGUUAUUCAGAAAGGUGUAUUUCACACGACUAUUAGGAUCACAUUCAGUGGAGUUGUGUGAGGAUCUCCUAGGUAUCUGCUUCCUGGAUAGAGAGUUCAGCUUUUCUGUGUCUUGUAACUGAAACACCCUGGGAAGGGGUGUAUAGUUGGGGAAGGCUCAACUGAUAACAUCCACAUGAAUAAAUCAUUCUAGUGGUGUGUUUGCUGUUUUGUAAAGAGGAACACACACUUCUGUACACCUUUGUCACUUGGGAACAGCCCAGAAGUCAGGAUGUAUUAAGGGUCUGUUGAUCUGAAAUAACAAUUCAUGAACAUAGUCCGUGUUUGAGCCAAUUUACACCAUAAGAGAAAGCACACACUAAGUUCUUUGUGCGCAGGGAAAGCUAGUGUGUUAGGGAAUAGGUUAGGCGGGCCCUUAUUACUGACAUGAUUGCUUUCUGAGUGCAGGUGUUUUUUUUUUACUUUUUAAACGACACUGCCGGCAUGGGCUGCCAUAUGUCCGCAUCUAUCAUUUUUAUUGUAUUCUCUCUGUGUUUAUGACAAUAAACUUGAAAUUGUCAACCCCAUAUAUACAUGGAUACUUUUCAUUGUGGAGGGAAGUUGUGCAAACUAAGAGCUGGGCCUUCUUUCUGAAGGACCUUGGGAAGAGAAAGCACAACUCAUUGAUUAUGCUUUUCUGCUUUUUGGAGUCUUCUAACAGCAUCAUCGGUUUCUCACCCUGGAAUAUUCCCCUUCCACCUGUUUAUGUGUGUGUCCUCAGUAUGCCUUGUUACCCAAGAACUGACUUAGCUUGGAGUAAACGUUGUCAUAUGGUCUUCCAUACCGGGACAUUUAAAUACCUUCUGCUUAGAUACCAUAAGGGAGCAAUUAAGCCACGUAAAUAGCUUCCUUGGUUAAAUGUUUGAUAUAACCAUGCAGUUCUGUGCAGGAAUGCCAGAAGGCAGCAGAUUUUUUUCCCUAACCCACUUUUCCAUGUCAUUUCCCUUCCCAUGUAUCCCAGACCUGUGCCCACUUGUACGAAGCACGUAACCGGGUAAACGAAUCUCUGGAGACGAGGGAUGUAAUCGGCCGCUGCUACAUGCUCAGCGAGGGGCUGCAAGUCUCUGACGAACUGGAUGGCGGCGAGUGGAAAUUCUGCGAAGGGCGGCCACAGGGACACGACCGCUUUGGCUUCUGCCAGCAAGGGGUGGCGAUCGGCUUCACUGCAGAUAGGCAUUAUAUCCUCUUUGGGGCGCCUGGUACCUACAACUGGAAGGGUAAGCUGGCACACAUAUGCCUGACUCAGGGUGCGUGGGGAGCGUUAAAUAACAUAGCUCUGACCCGACAUCCGUCAGCAUUAUGCAAACCAACUGUCCUGGGUUUGGAGGCUAUGACAGCCUCCAGUGGGCCAGUUGGUGAAGGUCCUGUUGCUUCCCCUAAAAUUAGAGAAUGGAGCAUGGCCAGAGGGCAUCCUCCUUGCCAUUUCCAUUUCCUUGGGAAUGUGCCUUCUUCACCAAGCACAGGGAGCUGCCUGGUCAGACCUCUGGUUCAUUCUGCACUGACUGGCAGCUGCUCCCCAGGGUUUCAGGCAGAAUCUUCCCCCCCCUCCACCCCUGAGGAUGCCAAGAGUGAAAUCAGGACUUCCCGCAUGUGCUCUGUCAUUGAGCUAAGGUGAGGUUACGAGAUUUUUUUCAAUGACUCCGGGGACACUUUUCAACUUCAAUUGAUUUUGUAUGGGGACUGAUUUGUAAAUCCGGGGACCGUCCCCAGGAAAUGGGGACGUCUGGUAACCUUAAGCUAAGGCCCUUAUCCAACAUGACCAGUACUGCACCUCUGUGCUAGAUGGAAGAGUCAGUGGGUGCUCCCACCUUGAUCAGCACACCCCCCCCCUUGUGGUGGUCAGCAUUGCUGAUGAUUUACACCUCCUCCAAGGAAACGCUAGUGGGAUGCAUGGCAGUUCUGACCUUUGAUUGCCUAGUAGGCAGCGGUCUCAGAACCACGUGAAUCACCGAUGGGCAUGCCCAUCACGCACCCCUGCCAUCUCUUUGCCACUUGGAACAGCCCAAUGAGCCUUCCAGGUCUGAGUACCUGCUGGGUUGUGAACCCACACACCCCAUAUGGACCCGGUGGAUGAAUCAAGUACAGCUUCUGAGUCUCAUUGGAGAUAGCUGGGAAAACUGCAAUGUGCAAUUCACCCAUGCGUUGCUGUCGUACUGUGCUGUGAGGCCACGGAUCCUCAACCCAACCUCUUCCUCCCCUCCCCGCCAAUCACUAACAGGUGUUUGGUUUGGCAGGGACCAUACGGGCAGAGCUGAGUGGCUUGAAUUUGAGUUACUACGACGACGGGCCGUAUGAAGCCGGGGGAGAGAAGGACCAGGACCCCUCGCUCAUCCCCUUGCCUGCCAACAGCUACCUUGGUACGGGGUUGCGCCCGGCAGGCGAAGCAUCGCAGAGCAAUUGGACAGGCCACCCGCAGGGCAGGGUGUUGAUGAGGCUAACGAACAACAUCUGGAAAGGGGCUUUUGGCUUCAAGACUAGCCAUAAAUAUAACCAUGAAAAAUAAUAACGAGAACCCUUAUUUGUGGCAUUCUCAAUGAGCAGACAUUUCAUUCUCAUGACCUUAGGACAAACCUGGUUAAACCGAGCUGCCAGUUGCUGACACUGGUGGCUCAGAGACAAGGCAGUGCUGGAAAAAAUCCCAGCCAGGUGCGACCCAGGCCCUGCUAAGUCUCCCCGACUCCUGCCCAGUGCUCUGUGAUGCUUCCCUGCCUGGGUGCCAAAGGUUUCUCAUACUGCUAACCUCUCUCUCUUCUCUCUCUCUUUCCUUCCAUUGGCCUUGCAGGGAUAUUGUUUGUGACAAACAUUGAUAGCUCAGACCCUGACCAGCUGGUCUAUAAAACGCCAGAGCCCAGCGAACGGGUUCCCGGGAGUGUUGGAGAUGUGGCCCACAAUAGUUUCUUAGGUUUGUAAGGUGUUGGUGUGCCCGUCUCCUGUGAUUUCUGCCUCUCGCCCUUUCUCCCCAGAAAUCCCUCUUCUUCCUUAGCAUUUUUUUCCCUGCUAGUCUAUGUUGUUUUCCCCUUUCUGUUGUGUUUUGUCAGCCCCAACAACCCCUCCCCCCCAAAAAAACAACCCACCAAUACAUGAGUGGAGUGGGGUAGAGCAGAGAGCUACAGAUUCUGAUUUAGCAAUAGUCAGGUAAUUUAGGUGGCUAUGACAGAUUUAGGAGAAGCAGUUCUGGGUAAGUGGCUUCAUAAUAACUGACCUCUAGGUGCAGUUAGUCUCUGUAUGCAUUAUCAUAAGUAUCUUAGGUAUUAAAUUGGCUUUUUGCCGUGUUCCUUUUCUGCAGGUGCACCCUAAUAUUUGGAAAACCCUCCUUAAGGAGGCAUUCCAGCACCAACAUUAUAAGCUUUUCAGUGCGAGGUAUCUGUCUUUUUACCUGGGCAUUUUUACAUUCUAGCUCUUUUCCCUGAUCCCUGAAUUCUGUUUUACUCUGUUUUUAAGCUUUUGGGGUUUUGUUGUUUUUGAUUUUUUAAACCUACGUCUUGCAUUUCAUUUAUUUGUUGGUUUUAAAUUCUAUUUAUAUAUUACAUGAAUCUUAUUUGCACUUUUGUAUAGUCUCUGUAAUAUUUUUUUAAAUAAAGGGCAGCUAAGAAAGAUUUGAAACAUAUAAACAAACAAAACCUAUGUUUAAAACAAUUAGAGAAGAGGUAGAGGAGCACGAGAGGUUUUGUGUGUGCUUUGAAGAACAUGUGCUGCAUUCGGUGCAUUGAAGAAAAGAAUCAAGUUCUGUGCUCCAAAGAAAUUAUGCCUUUCAUAUGUUUUCUUGCAUAAUGUUGGUAUGUUUUAGUUUCAUCCCAGUAUUAUCUGAGCUUCUGAGAGAAUACAGAACUUUCAAUUUUGUGUGUGUGAAAGGGAGGAGCACAGUAGAACUGGAAAGGAAGCCAAAUGUUGAGCUGUAAGCAUAGAAUGGAGUGGAAAACGUCACAAGAGAGGGAGUGAUAGCCAUGAAGGGCAGGUCUGAGCUUGGUCACAGAAGUUCUACCUUCCUAACAGGAGCAUCUUUUGCUGAUACUGCAAAAUAUAUCCUUACAACCCUGACAGCUAGAAACCUGAAUCACAAUCCCAACCAAGCUCUUUUACGGCAGAGUCUUCAGUGGGGGAGAUAAAACCUAGGAUGCAAUUCUAUGCACUUUUACCUGGAGAUGAGUCCCUAGUGAACACUGUGGGGACUUCCUUUUGAGUAAACAGGCAUACGAUUGCACUUAACUGCUUCACCUUGGGCCGGCCACCAUCUUUCUGUAAGUAACCUACCUCACAGGGUUGUUGUCAGGAUGAGAUGGGCAGGGAAAGAAUAACCAUUCUCCUUGGAGGAAAGGUGGAGUAUAAUAGCAAUAAUAAGAAUUAAGAGUGGAGCACAUGCUCAGUUCUUCCAGUGCAACCAGUGCUUUGCUUUUGGCUGGAUUGUAUUCUUGCUGUUUUCAAGAAAUGAAAGAUGAGAUUCCUGGGAAUGGGGGCCAGAUUCCAGAUAAUGCACAGCAUUCCACAAAAACAAACAAGCACCCGAAAAAAGAAGCAGCAGGCAAAUUUCCCAGUGUAUAAAUAGCAACUUUACAGACACACUCAAACAUGCCCCACGCAAACAUUGCAUACAUGCAGUCAGAACCAACUUGAAUGUUUUGAAAAAGCAUCUUGCAAUGUUUGCCUACCGGUGGGGGAUAGCUCAGUCGGUAGAACAUGAGACUCUUAAUCUUGUCGUGGGUUUGAGCCCCAUAUUGGGCAAAGGAUUCCUCCAUUGCAGGGGGUUGGACUCGAUGACCCUCGGGAUCCCUUUCCAGCCCUACAGUUCUACGAUUCUACGGUUCUAACAAGGGCAGGUCUGGGACUGCAGGCUUGAAUGCUCUCUUGCAUCAUAAACUCUGUACAUGUUGGAAGGUAGCACAUAAGAGAGAAGUCUGAACUGGGACGCUUCUCUCUCAUGCGCUCAUUUUUUACAUGAAGGCCAUUUUUGACAUGGGGGAGCUUUUUGAGAUGCCCACCCACACUGGCUUCACACUGCUUUCUGUUUGGAAUGAAACCAAACCAUGAUACCUGGUUUGGGUUGCUAACUCCAAACUGUGGAUUGUGGUCCGUUGCUCCCUCUAGGGGAGGAGUGAUGCCGGAGCAAUCAGGGUGUUCAUGGCCUGCCAUUAACUAUGGUUUGCUCUCAUGAGCAAACACAGCCUGCAAACCCUCCAGGCUCUUUGCUGGUGGAAAUCCUGCACCGGUGACUGGCAGGGGAUGGGAUGAUGUACACUGCUCAAAGCCUGGCUACAGGCUCCUCUGAAAACUAGGUGCCCUUUGGUCUGAUCAACGUCAGAGGUGCAGGGAGCUCUGAAAGAACAUAAGAGCGCGACGUCUGGCCAUAGAUCUAUGUAGUCUAGCACCGUGUCUCAGUGGGGUGUGAAAGAGGUAGCUGCCCUCUGUUAUUUAUAUCCGGUAUAUAUUAAAUAGAGGUAUCCAGUCUGCUUGAAGAGGAUUCAGCUUCUUGAUAUUACAGCUAUCAACUACAGAUAGACCUAUGCCCAGUGAGCAUGCCUAACCCUUUUAAGAGCUAUUUAUGCUAAUUCCCUGCCCUGCCAUCCUGUAGCAAUGGACUCCAUAAGCUAAUCUCACAUUGCAUAUCAAUUUUCACUUCCUUUUGCUUCUCCUGAAUCCGCCUUCAGUAAGUUUCAUUGGCUGACCCUGAGUUCUAGCGAUUUGAAUGAACACCUCUCCUCUGCAGAGCUGUGAAGGGCCCCUAUUAACAUUCGGCCCCUGACUUUACCCAGCUCCGUUGGGGGGAGGUGGCAGAGACAUUUGGCAACUGCAGGUGAUGGCGGCGUUGGAAGGGGCAUAGAUUGUACGCCCCAAGGACUGGCAUCACCAAUCCUCUGCUGUAAAUGCUAGUCAGCAGGACACCAGCUGAGGAGCAAGUGGGUCAUUGUAAGCUGGGGGGUGGGGAGGAGUGGGGUGAAAAGCUGCAGGUGGGGUGGGAACUGCUGUGUAGCUCACAGAGCAUAGACAAGUCCCAUAGAAGGUAAAAUGUGAGCGGGGGAAACUAUGUAGUGCAAGAGGAGGAGGAUUAGACUGCAGGUGUGGGGGUUGGCACUUAGGGGAGCCUGGAACCACCCUUUUGCCACUGACUGCCCCUUGUUGCAUGGUGUCUGUGUUGCUUGUUCCUGUUGCAUGCUUGUUACUAAGCAGUGGGGAAGAAUGCUCAUUCUGGCUGAUCCUACCUGAUGCAGGAGCUCCAUGCUUGGUCCAUCAUGUGUUCUCCCAUAUUCUAAGAUGCAGGUGGCGCUGUGGUCUAAACCACUGAGCCUCUUGGGCUUGCCGAUUGGAAGGUCGGUGGUUCAAAUCCCUGCAACAGGGUGAGCUCCCGUUGCUCUGUACCAGCUCCUGCCAACCUAGCAGUUCAAAAGCACGCCCGUGCAAGUAGAUAAAUAGGUACUGCUGUAGUGGGAAGGUAAAUGGCAUUUCCAUGAGCUCUGGCUUCCGUCAUGGUGUCCUGUUGCACCAGAAGUGGUUUGGUCAUGUUGGCCACAUGACCCAGAAAGCUGUCUGUGGACAAACGCUGGCUCCCUUGGCCUGAAAGCGAGAUGAGCGCCACAACCCCAUAGUUGCCUUUGACUGGACUUAACCCUCCAGGGGUCUUUUACCUUUACCUUUUACCUUCUAAGACAGGGAUAUGGGACCUUCUGGCCUCCAAAUAUUGUUGGACUCCAACUCUCAUUAGCCCCAAUCACUAUGGUCAGGGAUGCUGGGAGGUCCAGCAGCAUCCAGAUUCCUCACCCCUAUGCUAAUUCACCAGACCUUCCUGGGAUGACAGUGGGCCAAUCACUGAACAGGGAACAAGGCUAUAGGGCACCUGUCUACUCAUAGUUGUCCCCGCCCCUUGCUGUCCUCAAAUAGAGCAUCCUUUGUCUCACAGUAGGAAAGGAACCUAGUGAGAUUCAGUUGCUGCUGAUGGAAGAGGACGAGGGGCGGCAAAGGACCAGCCCUACUUGAAGAAGUGAGGGAGACCUUGCCACGGGUGUUGAAAAACCGAAAAUUCUGGGGCCAAAGAUUUCCUGUCUUAAUUUGCUCCUGCUUCUUUCCAGCCCCACCUUCCUCCAACAGCCUGCCUCUUCCAACCCUCCCAGUCUGCCACCCAGCUUACGGACUGCUCUUGCAUGCAUGCCAGCCACAGUGUGCCUUUGCUUUCCACCCAGCCACCAUUUCACCCAUUACAGCCCCUCCUGCCUCCUCAGAGCUGGACAGACGGUGUAUCCAACACGUUGCCCUCCAGAUGUCCUUGGACUAUAGGCCGAAUUCAACUAAAUAGUUGAGCUAGCAGGGACCAGUGCAAUGAGUCCAACUGGCAAUGCAGAGCUUUCCCCUCUUUCCUCCACCCCCCUGGAUCCAGGAGUACUCCCCAGAACAGCAUGCGCCAGAGAAAGAGGGGAAAUAUUUCCAUCUGGCAAGCAAGGGUCCUUGCGCUGAUGGGACGAUCAUCUUAGCAUGACUUUGAGUUCCACCCCACAACUCUCAUCUUCUCUAACCUUUGACCCUGCUGGCCGGGGCUGAUGGGAGCCAUAGUCACCAUGUUGACCAACUCUGAGCAAUGGCUGUGCCAUGGAUAGGACCAGAUUUUAGUCCCGGGGCUACAAAGUGCCUUUUCCUAUUUCCCCUGCAACCUAACACCAUCCCUUCCAAGUUUGAUCUUGGUUCUUCAAGGGAUAUUUUAGAGCUGUGGUUUAAUGCCAGCGCUAUCGUCGUUUGAGCCCUUCCAUGCCAGCAGGCUUCACUGCUGCUCUGGAAGAGUCCUCCUGGCUGUUGCCUUUUCCCCUUCCAUUUAUUCUUCCCUCUUUUCAAGUCCCAUGUGCUUUUGGGGCUGAAAAAUGGUUGUGGCUGAGAAGCAGAGAAGAGCUGUGAGCGCAGCGUCCUCAACAAACUGCAGUUCCCAGGAUUUCUUGGGGGAAGUCACAUGCUUUCAAUGUAUGGUGGUACGUAGGCAGCCUAUGCCUUGAAGGCUGCUUUCUGCGGAAAGCCUUGCAUGCCCUAUCAAACACAUCUAUCCAAAACCUCCUCUCCAGAGCAGAGGCCCCCGGUUCCACUGCUGCUUCCCAUCCCACUGCGCAGAGGCUACUUGUAAUGUAUAUAUAAGGAGUCACAUUUGCAUUCCUGGCCAGUGUCCAUCCCUCAGCCAUGGACUUUCUCCCAGUUCUCUGGCUCCCACAACACACAGUGGGGAAGGGGGUGGCAGGGAGAGAGUGUGGGUGGGAUGCAGGGGGUGGAGAGUCCACGGGCUUUUCCUGCAGGAAGAAUCUUUUCAGAAAGGCAGAUUUUCGUCAUGAGAAGUAUUUAACUCCGCAGCCAUCAGAGGUGGUGGGAGGCAUCCCUGACCCUCCUUCAGCAGCUAGUUCACAUGUUUCUCCAUUGCAUUUGUUAAUUCAUUAAAAUGUAUAUAAAUUUUAAUUGCCCUUUGUUGUGAUGCUGAAGCCCAGCUUUAAAAAGCAACAGCAGCAGCUCUUUAGAGAACAAAUCAUCAUCAUCAUCAUCAUCAUCAUCUUCUUAAAGAAGGUGGCUGCUUUAAAACCAGUCAGCUGGACAUCCUGCUCCUGAUCUGUGCAUGUUUCCCAGUCCUUGGACAGAACUUGCUCCUCCUUUAAGAAGCCCGUUCUUUAGUGCAGCCUUCCCCACCCUGGUGUUGGUCAGACAUUGUUGGACUCCAAUUCCUGUUAUCCCAUACCAUUUGUUCUGCUGGCUGGGGCUGAUGGGAGUUGGAGUCCAACAACUUCUGGAGGUCAGCGUGCUGGCUGACCUGCUGUAAAUCAUAAAUAGGCAGACCCACAUUAUCCAUAUUCAUGGCUAGAUAAUCCCACAAACCCCCGCUGCUUGUGAUACUUCUGUUGUGGGUUGGCCAUUACGAGCUUAUCCACACAUAUUUUGCCCUGAUCUUUCCAGCCACAGGUAUGUGCUUAAAGCUCUGUGCCCAAGUUUUUUUGGGGUGGUGCUGUUACCUCUGAGCUUUCCCAGCAAUAAUUCGCUCUUUAGUGGUCAAUGGGAGCGAAGUCAAUUCCGGUUUUCCUCGGAUUGCUGUUUGCUCCAACUGAGCUUUAAAGAGCGGGUUUUCACGGGGCAAGUUCCAGAGCAGAAAUAGAGGGUGCUCAGACACAGAGCUUUAAAGCACGUACCAUGCCUGGAAAGAGUGGAGGAAAGGUAAGUGUGGAUAAACCCUAAAUUAGCCCUACUGUCAAGAAACAUGAAGAUAUGCAAUUCCAAAUUCAAGCAGCAGAGGAGGCAGAUAACAUGUUCCUUAUCUUACCCACUGAGGCUAACAUGGGAUAGGUGAAAAGCAAGAAGUUGAGAAAAGGGAGAACAAAUCUGGCUACCUAGGAUGUAAGAAAUAAGCUUGUUCACAUGUGACUUUAAGCAGUUUUCCAAUGAAACAAAAUUGUGAAAAUAACAGCUUUCAUUUACAUCCCCCACCCAAAUGAAAUGGACAGUUUCUAAGCAUUGGUGGUUCGUACAACGUGCAUUGUGUACAUGCGCAUGAGCAGAUUAAGUUCAGAAACCAGGAGUUGGACCAGUGUUGAGAUCUUAUGACUUUAAAGCGUUUAUUGGUGAUUUGGGGACCUCAUACGUCUUUUCAUACUAACACCUUUCCACAACAGCCUCACCCCCGGUGACCAUUAACGUGCUUUUCUCUUGUUCCAGGGUUUUCCCUUGACUCUGGAGUGGGGAUUACCAGGAAGAAUGAGCUGAGUUUUGUAACAGGGGCUCCUCGAGCCAACCAUACAGGGGCUGUGGUGAUCCUGCACAAAGACAACGUCAACCGCCUGGUGCCUGAGGUUAUCAUCCCAGGAGAGAAGCUCACUUCAUCCUUUGGCUAUUCCUUGGCUGUGGUGGACCUCAAUCAUGAUGGGUGAGCAACAUGGGAUGGAGGCAGCAUUCUGCCUGAAUGAUGCUUGGGCCCAUUCUCUGUUUUAAAGGCUUCCCUGGUCUGUUGGGUGGUAAUAAGAGCAUACGCUGCCCUAAUAGCAGGAGUUACAGCACAGGUGGGCAAGGGCUACAGGAGACGUUGUAGCUGGGUUUGGUUUACAACUUGCUCCAGUGAUUUACAAGAUAACGGACUCCUAGCACACAUUGUGAGAGCCACUGUGGUGUAGCAGCUAGAACAGUGUCAAACUAAAUUAGAGGUAUGAAACCUGAGCCUCUCCUAAUGUUGUUGGACUCCAAUGCCCAUCAGCCCCAGCUAACCAUGGCCAGGGAUGAUGGGAGUUGUAGUCCAAUAACAUUUGGAUGUGUUUUUCCCUCUUGGACUGUGGGUGGGCUGGGGGUGGGGAUAGGGUUGCCAAUAUUUCAGCUGGCUAAUGUAGCAUCUUGAGGUGCAGACACUACUAAAUAAUGCUGUUUAUCUCCGUGAUACAAAAGGCUACACCUGCCUGGUUUCUGCACAUUAAAUUGUCAAUAAAUGCAUAGCAACAGAUCAGGCUGUUGUUGUUUUUUCUGGUGGAUUAACAAUCCUGCAGAAAGUGAGCUGCGUGAGGGAAAGUAGAAGUAGCUACGUUCCAUCUAAAAUUUGGAAUCCCAUUAUUCCAUUGGAUUAGCAACUCCACUCUUGGAAAAGAUGUGGGCAAUAAUGUCUUCCCUGCGGGCUUCCCCUAGCAGGGGAAAAUAAGACUCAUAGCACAGUGAAUGAAGAAUAACAGUGUGGGUUUUGAGUCGCUUGCUUUGUUUCUCAUUCUGGGUAUCCAACGUGGCUACGGAUACCCUGAGAGCAAUGGGUGUUUUCAUGGCAGCCGCACUCACUGCAUGUUGUCUCUAGCUGGAUGGACUUGGUGGUUGGAGCACCGAACCUCUUUGACCGCAAGGAAGGGAUCGGAGGAGCAGUCUACGUUUACAUCAACCAGGCAGGGCGCUGGGACAAUGUCCUCCCCAUCCGCCUCAAUGGUUCCUAUGACUCUAUGUUUGGUAUCACAGUGGGGGCUGUUGGAGACCUCAACCAAGACGGCUUCCAAGGUGAGAGAACUGAGAGAGCCUGUGGCUGUGGGAAACUGGCCGGUGGGGGCUCUUGAACUGGUCUGCUUGAAGUAUGUGGGUUUAGAGGCAGGGGAUGUCCUGUCAAGGGUCACAGGGGAAGCACAAUCCAAUCAAUGGCCUGAGUCAGCAAUUCAAGACAUGAGUCCAAGGCACCAACAGCACCUGCAGGACCACGGAGAGCUCCCUGUGGCAGCUAAACAAGCUGUUGCCUCUGCAAGCACCUAGCUAGAAUCGAAGCCUUCUAUAUGUUGACUGGACAAGUAGUGUAGUAUUGCCCUCCUCCCAAGAGAGGCUAACUUGUUGUUAAAGGGCUCCUUUCCUUAUUUUGCAGUCUUUGACUCCUGUGGUUUGGAGAGACAGAGCUACUAUGGGAGACUUCUCUGAAUUAGAGGAGAGCAGCAGGACUGUGUCCUCCAGCUGAGAGGAUCUAGGUUACUGUUUUGACAUAUCUCCACUGGUUUUGAAGUCAUUGGGGGAGGCAUAGCGAAGCUGCCUUAUACUGAGCCAGACCAUUGGUCUGUCUGGAAGCUCCCCAGGGUUUCAGAUGAAGGACAUUUGCAGCCCUACCCAGGGAUUGAACCUGUGACCUUCUGCAUGCUAUGCAGAGAGAUGCCCAGCUGCUAAGUUAAGGGGUUCUGAUGAAGUUCCUGGCAAUUCUUACCUCCAGGAUGGAGCUAGAACCUCAUCCUCCUCUGAGACAUCCAUUAUGCAGUGCAUGGUUUCUUUUUUUGUGAAAUAGUUUUUAUUUGAUUUUACAAAUUCAUUCACAUAAAUAAUAUUAUUACAAAUAAUAAAAGUUGCACAAGAAUCUUAAGACUUCCCUCCUCCAUGAGUUCUUAAGUAUCUUUUUUAACUGAUUAUUAUAAGUCCAUCUAUUUUGCAGUCCUCCAUUGUAUCCAAAAUCUAUGUUUCAUUGCAAGAGUUAUUUAAAACCUGCCAAAGAGUUCAAGUGUUUACAGUGGUCUUUCAGAUACAAUAUAAAUUUGCCCCAUUCCUUGUUGAAGUUUUGAUCCUCCCGAUUUCUGAUUUUCCUGGUUAAUCAUGCCAUCUCUGUGUAAUGUAAUCCAAUAGUUUCAUCUACCAGUCCACCCUGGUAGGUAUCUUGUCCUCUUUCCAUCUCUGGGCAAGAAGCAUCCUGCAUGGUUUCUAAGCCAUGGUUCAUGACAAGUGAAAUCUAGGAAUCGAGCUGAGUGUCUGCAUUUGAAAGCCAUCUCUCUUAGCAUCAGUGGAAUGAACUUCCAAGUGUGCCUGUUUAUGAUUGAAGUGUUUGGCUCUUGAGGAUCAAGCUGGGAGAAAAACAUGGGCAGGUUAAAGGAGGGGCAGUAGCUGCGUAUAUGCGAAUGUGAAACAGAAAAAAACGCAAGAGGCUGUGAUGAUCACAGAGGUGUGGAUAUCUUGUGCUGCCCUGGUUUAUGUGAUAAAGAUAGGGCAAGGUGUGCCUGCUUUGUAGACUGCUAUGUACAUUAAGAUGAUCUGUGGCAGUAUGCAAUUAUGUGAGAGACUCAAAUUAGGUUGGCUGUGUGUGAAAUGCUGGCAGGUGAGUCUGAUGCAUCUGCAGCCAUUUUUGCCCAGGCUUGUAUCUAUACGUAUAAUGAGACAAUAGAUGGGGCUUCCUUUAUGUGGCAUUGUGGCUCUUCAGUAUAUCUGGGUAGAAAUAUACAUCUCAGUUCAUUUCUGAGAGCCAAUAUGAAUUCCAGAAAUGUGGGAGACAAAGACAGUUCUUACCAUUGCUGUUGUUCGUUUUCUUCCAGACUUUGCAGUGGGAGCCCCACUGGAUGGCGAUGGCAAGGUCUACAUCUAUCACGGCAGUAAUUCAGGGUUUGUCACCAAGCCUGCUCAGGUCAGUCUCCCUUAUCCCCACCUUGCAGUAAAAGGGAGCUGUUUGGGGAACAUUGCAUUCCUGUGGCCUUCCUCCCCUUUCUCUCUUGGCUGUGCAUCCUUCCUUUGCUCUCACCCCAAUCAUGACCCAAUUUAUCGCUACCCUGUUUUGCCCCGUCAUCCUCUGCAGAUUCUGACUGGGGAGAGUGUUGGCGUCAAGAUGUUUGGAUAUUCCUUUUCUGGAGGGUUGGAUAUUGAUGGCAACCUCUACCCAGAUCUCCUAGUGGGAUCUCUUUCCAACACAGUAGUCCUAUACAGGUGAGCAUAAAAAAGGACAGAGGAACAAAUCCUCAUUGAUUUGAGAUGCGUAAAAUACAUUGCAGUACAGCAAGUAGUCCUAUGAAUUCACAGUCUGACCGAAUUUAACCCACAGUCUGUCUCACACAGUUGCUUUCCCUUAAGAAGGAAUCCUUCAGCCAGCAACUUGACAUGCAUGGGGUGCUCCUCUUUCACUGGGAGAUUCUCUUGUCCUGUCUUGUCCUGCUUGCGAGCAGAAGACCAGAUAGCAAGAGGAGGUCCCUGUGGCAGGGCAGACCCAACAACAGAGAGUCAGUACAAGUAACAGAUUAGGUCAUACCAGAGCAUCAGAACCCCAUGCUGCCUAUUUAAUCCAUCAAGGUCUGGUAUAGCUGUACGAUUUGCCAGGUUCAGUGUAGGAAUUUGAGACCAAGGUGGCCUUAGUGAUUGUAGGAUUCUGGCCCAGGAGGGUGCUGACUUGGGGGAGACUUUAGGACUCUCUGGGUGACUAGGUUUUGGUGUCGUGACCUCUGCCUGGUGCCCUCAUUGCCAUGCUCCUUGUCUUUCAGGUCCCUCUAUUUCACUGAUGAACUUUGGUAAUUUUUUUAGACUCUGGAUUUAAUAGUCUUGCAGCAGUGGGGCGCUUUAGAUGGCAAUGUGCAUUCUUUUACUUCCUUUGGAACGGGAUAAGCCAGGGGCCACGACACAUCCAUGGGCUCUGUACAGAAUCUCCUGAAAGCUGCUGACCAACACAGAGGAACUUGACACAUAAUCUGUGGUCACCAAGGGAUGACACCGAGACUGUAGUCCAAAUCCAGAACUCCUGCAGCCAAACCGUUCUGCAAAAGAGAUUGCUUAUGUCAGCACAGGAAGGUGGCUGGCUUCUGGACUCCCAUCACCACUGUGAUGUGACUGUUCAGACUUUUGUAAAAUGUAAAAAGCUGCUGCUGCUGCAGUGUGUGUCAGAAAGAGGCUGACAGAAAGCAUGGAUGUUGUUGGGACUUUGUAUGGGGAAACAGAGAAAGCAAGACAGGGAAGAUAAAGUAUCUCUUCGCUUACAUCUGGGAGCUUUCCCAUCCUUACUUGGAUGUUCUGUUGGAGCUUCCUUGAACACACAGCAAGCAACACCCUUCUUAAGAACUCUGCAUUACCAAGCAGGGUCCAAUGACACACACCCCACCCAAAUUUGUCUGCAAGUGACCCAAUCACUUAUGAAUGUCCAAUCUACAUUUUAGAUCCCGACCUGUCAUCCGCAUCUCCAGAAAUGUCACCAUCUCCCCCCAGAAUGUUGACCUGGAGGCCAUGAACUGUCGCCACCAUGUGGGCAUCUGGUGAGAACUAGUCUUCUUUAUGCACAGUCUCUUUCCUUGCUUCUUUGCCGCUCUUCCCAUUCCCUUUUGCAGGUGAUGCCAAAUGGUGCUUUCAUGGAUGCGCCUAUACACCUGUUGCCUUAUCCUCUUGCAUGUUAGGUAUGCCCCAGUUUGAAAGCACACCAGUGCAACUGGAUAAAUAGGUACCACUGCGGCAGGAAGGUAAACGGCAUUCCUGUGCACUUCGGCUUCCGUCACAGUGUCCCAUUGCACCAGAAGCAGUUUAGUCAUGCUGACCACAUGACCCGGAAAGCUGUCUGUGGACAAACGCCGGCUCCCUUGGCCUGAAAACGAUAUGAGCACCGCAACUCCAUAGUCGCCUUUGACUGGACUUAACCGUCCAGAGGUCCUUUACCUUUUGACCGUUAUCUGAUCCAGUGGACCUAACACUGUGCCAAUCACCUGCAUGGCUCUAUGGGUAGGAUUUUUACAGUCACCAGAGCAGAGCUAUCUGAUGGUUUGAACACUUUAUUUUUCUGGAGCUGUUUGUCCAGUUAGUGUAUCUCCUGCCAGAAUCCCACAGUGCAGGUGUGGUCUUUGGGGUACAUCUAACGAUUUGGGGGAAGACUCAAUGUUGCCCAGGGGGAGUGACGCACUUCAAUGUUCAUAGCCCUCUUAAUCCAGGACUAGUCCUCUUUAACUCUAGAAAACGGAGCUACCCCACAUCCAAGAUAUGUUCAAGCCUGCUGAGCUCAGGAGAGCUCUACUGUUAAUAAGAGUCUCUUCUCUGCUUCCUUCCUUAGCGUGGAUGUGAGAGCCUGCUUCAGCUACACCGCCAACCCCCCAAGCUACAGCCCGUCCAUCAGUGAGUAUUGGCUGGGCCUCACCAGUAGUUACUUGUUGCCUUGUGGUGCUUAGCUAGGUUACAAGGCAGCACACUGUGUUCCCCACCCCGCUGUUGCAUCUGGACUUUGUAGUAGUAUCUGUCUGUCCGCACUGAGAUAAUAAGGAAACCCAGGAGAUGCUGAAUCCUGACACCAAUAGAAGGAGCUUUCCGUCUCUUCCUCUUUUGCCCUCUCCCUUGCCCCAACUCACAGCCUCCGCUCCUUCCCCCAGUGCUUGAGUACACUUUUGACGCUGAUACCGACCGCCGGAAAUCAGGCCAGGCUUCCCGAGUCACAUUCCACAACCGGAAGCCCACAGACGCCGAGCACCAGUUCUCUGGGGUAGUGGAGCUGCCCCAGCAACAUGUCCGUUCUUGUACCAAGGCCACACUGCAGCUGAAGGUGGGUCCCUCACUGGAGCAUCCUUGGGCUGUUAGAACCACCUGCAAUAACUUUGGGAGCUCAGCCACUUAAAAGUAAUUGAGGAAUAAAGGAACUUGGGAGUUGAAGAGAGCGGUAUGGCAGCCCUGUUUAAGCACUAGGCUUACAACCCACACUAUCCCUGCCACACCCCAGCUUUCUAGUAUCCCUGAGUUAGAAAUCCUGUUCUGGGUCACUGGGUGGUAUACAAGCCCAUGGGACAUGGGUGGCGCUGUGGUCUAAACCACUGAGCCUCUUGGGCUUGCUGAUCAGAAGGUUGGUGAUUUGAAUCCCUGUGAUGGGGUGAGCUCCUGUUUCUCUGUCCCAACUCCUGCCAACCUUGCAGUUUGAAAGCAUGCCAGUGCAAGUAGAUAAAUAGGUACCACUGUGGCGGGAAGGUAAACGGCAUCUUUGUGUGCUCUGGUUUCCAUCACGGUGUUUAUGCACCAGAAGUGGUUUGUUUAGUCAUUCUGGCCAUGUGACCGGGAAAGCUGUCUGUGGACAAACGCCGGCUCCCUCAGCCUGAAAGCGAGAGGAGCAUCGCAACCCCAUAGUCGCCUUUGACUGGGCUUAACCAUCCAGGGGUCUUUUAUCUUUUUACCUUUAUACAAUCUCAUGCUGCAGGUCAGGAGGCAGGAACAUUUUUUUCUGACAAGGGCCACGUUCGUUUGACUAAUCUGUUUAGGGCCUGGACAGGGUCUGAGCAGCAGGGGGUUGGAAUUUGUUGUCAUUUUGUGGGAGAAAAGGGAGUCAUGGGAAUUUUCUCUCUCCAUAAAAAACAACGGCUUCUGUUGCAGGACCAAGUCCGGGACAAGCUGCAUCCCAUUGUGGUGAUGAUGAACUACAACAUCAAGCAUGCCCGCAGCAAGCGCCAGGCCCAGGGCGCCACUCUGGGCCCACUAAUGCCGGUGCUGAAUGUUGUGCCACCCAGCACUCAGAGGACAGAGGUAGGCAUGUGUGACAGCUGGAUCCAAGGCUGAAGCCUGGAUCCCCUUCAACACGUGAGCAGCAAAGGCAUGUUUCAUUGAGAGAAACAAAUGAGGAGCCUUAUGUCUUUCCAUUUAUUCUGUCUCCCCUGUGCAUUUUGGCUUGUUCAAAGAUCUGCACUGUGCAUUAGGUUGUGCACUAUUGCAGCUUUUAAGCCAGUGCUUGUCUCCUGUAAGGGGUCUUUGUAAGAGUGCCUCUGGAGCUGCCCCCGCUUGUAGCUCUGCCAUGCCCCCCCCCCACCUUUGGGUGUUGUGUUCCCCCAGGUGAAUUUCCUCAAGCAGGGAUGUGGGGAGGACAAGAUCUGUCAGAGCAACCUGCAGCUGAACUACCGGUUCUGUUCUCGUAUUGAUGACGCUGUAUUCCAUCCCCUGCCCAGGUAAGAGCAGAGUAUGAAUUCUCACUUGGCGGUAUCAUUGAUAUGAUUAUUUGGUUUUGCUGUGUUUUCUGUUCUUGUAAAUCACUGGAGGGGUGGGGGCUUGCUGGGGCUAAAAGGUGGUACAAAAAUGUUUUUUUCUAAAAAUUAAAACAAAUAAUUUUAGCAGAAACGUUUCUGGUGUCACACAGUAGUUGUGAGUGCAGAAACACGCAAGUUGCUGUGCCUUACCGUGCAACUCCAACACAAUGGCAUCCCUCCUAGAUUUUUGUGAAGGGAUGCUGCAGAGGUCAACCUUAACAGGCAGCUGGUUGAGACCAGGACCAGUUCACCUAGGCAUAAUCCCCAAAAAAACCCAAGGCCUUCAUGGUAACCUCUCUUCCUUUCCUCCAGAGGCGACGAUGGCUUGGAUGUUUUUUCCAUGAGUGACCAAAAAGUCGUAGCCCUUGAGAUCCAUGUCACCAACUUUCCUUCGGAUGCAGCUGAGCCACAGCGGGAUGGAGACGAUGCCCACGAAGCCAUGCUGCUUGUCUCUCUGCCACCUACCUUGUCCUAUUCUGCUUUGCGCCUCUACGAUGCCAUGGUACACGUUGGAAACGGCUGUAAUAUACCGUAUAGUCCACAGAGGGGAGCAUAGGAAAGAGCUGAUCUAUAGGAUUGGCUGUCACAGAUCUGAUGGCAUUCAGAAUAGAUGCUUCCAGCGGCGGCUGGUGCCCUUUGGGACUGGUAGGGGAGGCCAACAGUAGGUGGAGCCAGAACCAAUGAGAGGCGGAGCCUUGGGGGAUUCAAGACAGGUUUGUGGAGCACUGCCUCAUUUACCCUAAUGGACCAGCCUCCACCAGCUGCUUCCGCAAAGGAGGCAGCUACCUCUGUGGUUGGAGGCUGACCGGAGUUUGAGCCGCUGACUUCCAAGGAGGUUGCUGUAAAUAUUUGUGCAAAACAUAAUUGCCCUGCUCUUAAGCCAGAAAAGGCUACCAGAGCUGCUUACAGUCAAAUGGUUAAAAAAAGCAAGGCAGUCCCCACCCAUGGGCUUACAAACACACAAUACAAAGGGAAUGGCGAGGGGAAAGGGGAAAGAAGCAAAUUCAAGCUCCAGUUCUUGAAGCCCUUAACACGAUCGUAAAGAAAAGCUAGGGAACACGUUGGGCAACUUUUGAUGGUAACUUAGAGUAGUACAGUCAUACCUCGGGAUAAAUACGCUUCAAGAUAAGAAUUUUCGGGUUGCGUUUCGCCACUCGCGCAUGCGCAGAUGGUAAAAAUGACGUCACGCGCAUGCGCGGAAGCGGCAGCAUACACAGUCGCAUCUUACGUUCUAUUCAGGAUGCAAAUGGGGCUCCGGAACGGAUCCCGUUCGCAUCCCAAGGUACCACUGUAUAGGCUAUUGAGCUAUUAUAUAUAGCUCAAUGAAUGGCAAUUUCCAUAUCUUUCCAUUGCUUCAAUCCUUGCCAUAUUUUUCUAAAUUAUUUGAAAUCUGAUCUUUGGGGUGUGGAAAUUGUUCGAGCCGAAAAUAUGCAGCCAUUUAUUCUCAUUGAAUCGUUUGGGAUCCUUGGUGCAGGAUUUAGAUCGGUGUGGGUUGGUAGGUUUUGUUUUCUUGUUAGCAUAGAUAAACACACAGCUCUGCAAACCUUCUGGUGAUGAAAGAAAAACCUUGUCUUUCAUAGGAGAAGGCCCCAACCUGUAUGUCUAACCAGAGUGCCUCUUAUAUGGAAUGUGAGCUUGGGAACCCCAUGAAACGUGGAACACAGGUGAGGUUCAGAUCUGCACCACCACUCCCCUCCCCUCCAUGCUUCUUUCACAGCUCUUAUUUUCACCUUAAACCCACCCCAUUUCUCUCUUCAGGUCCGGUUCUACCUUGUUCUGGAAACCUCAGGCAUUACCUUGGAGACCACCGAGCUGGAAGUAGGGCUAAACCUUAGCACGUGAGUAGGGCGUCCCUUCCUCCCCAGAGCUGAGCUUGCUAGAUCCAAAGCAAAAGCACAUUGCAGGAGCUCCUCCACAAGCAGUGCAAGACCUGUACAAGCUUAUUCGGGUAAAUUUGAUGGCCCUGAGUUCAGAUCUUGAAAGGUCAGCCUCCAAGAAAUAUAAACUGCUAAGCAACUUGGGUUUGCUUAUGUUUUUGGAACUCCUGGAUUAGGUAUCUUUUGCUAUAAUCAGGGGAUUGUAGAAAUUCCUCAGGUCAGGGGCGAUGAGGAGGCUGCAGUAGGAGUCAGGCAGUUUAUCAAGGGAAAGAGAGGGUACAGGUAGCAGAGAUUGGCAUGUGGGGGUAUCAGUCCCUGUCGUUGGGCUACUUCCAUCCAAACUGGUGUUUAUUGCAGCUGUAUUCUGCAAAAUAUUCUUGACCAGUGCUGUUUUUCAGGGGAUACUCGAGGGUACGCAGUAUUGGCACCUCUUUUUGUUGUUGUUAAAAAGUGUGGCACUUAUUGUAAACGUGGUGAGUACCGGCACUUAUUUUUCUAGGCAAAAAAGCACUGUUCUUGACACAAUAAUUGCUGGUUGGUUUAGCCUGCUUUAUUAGUUGUUCUGCCAUACUUCCCCAGUGGGGACACGGGUGGCACUGUGGUCUAAACCACGAGCCUCUUGGACUUGUCGAUCAGAAGGUUGGCGGUUCAAAUCCCUGUGAUGGGGUGAUCUCCCGUUGCUCUGUCCCAGCUCCUGCCAACCUAGCAGUUCGAAAGCACGUCAGUGCAAGUAGAUAAAUAGGUACCACUGCAGCGGGAAGGUAAAUGGUGUUUCCAUGCACUCUGGCUUCCAACACUGUGUCCCGUUGUGCCAGAAGCGGUUUAGGCCUGCUGGCCACAUGACCCAGAAAGCUGUCUGUGGACAAACGCUGGCUCCCUCAGCCUCAAAGCAGGAUGAGCGCUCAGUCACCUUUGACUGGACUUAAUCGUCCAGGGGUCCUUUAUCUUUACCUUACCUUUACUACCACAUUGCAGUCCAGAGGGGCUUUAGUACAACAAAAUUAAACCAUAACUGUUGUUGUAAAAAAAAACUUACGGAUGUCAGCAGCAUCUGUACUGAAAGGAAGCAUUGUGACUGCCCCAAAAUCUUUUAGGCACAAACAAUACUGAAAGUGAGCUUGCAUAUGAUCACCAUGAUAGCAUCACAAGCACUAAUCAGCACGAAUGUGCAAUAAAACAGGAUGUCUGGAGAGACCUGUAAGGUAAACUCCUGCAACUCUCUUCUCUCCCACAGGAUCUCGGAGCAGCCUGGGUUGGCCCCAGUUCAAGCACGUGCCCAUGUGAUCAUGGAACUUCCUCUCUCUGUUUCUGGGUAAGGGUCACAUGAGGGUAGUUCACACCCAGUUCAAGUUAACGCUACUUCAUUGUCAGAGUGUUAAAACGUUUUGCACCUGCUGAGAGAUGCAUCCAGAACAGAAACGUUCUAGAAGCAUGCAUGAUAAAAAGCCACCUGGAAUUUAAUACAGUGGUACCUUGGUUCUCAAUCUUAAUCCGUUCUGGAAGUCCGUUCCAAAACCAAGGCACGCUUUCCCAUAGAAAGUAAUGCAAAACAGAUUAAUCUGUCCUAGACUUUUAAAAACAACCCCUAAAACAGCAAUUUAACAUGAAUUUUACAAUCUAACGAGACCAUUGAUCCAUAAAAUGAAAGCAAUAAACAAUGUACUGUACUAUAACAUAAUUAAGACAGUAUUGUAGAUGAUAAAAAUUAAAAUUAAUUUUUUUUCUUACCUGCACUAAUGAUAGUCAUUGUUUGGAUGGGGGGAUUUUAUCCAUUUCUGCAGUCACACAAUCAAUCAAUCAGUAGCUGAACUGGGUUCCACACAGUCACAAAAACAAAUUAAACUAAAAAGCAUCAAAAACAAAAAUGCAAAAUAAAUAGCAAAAACAAAAGUGCUAAACUUAAUCUGUUCUGAAAGUCCAUUUGACUUCCGAAAUGUUCAAAAACCAAGGCACAGCUUCUGAUUGGUGCAGGUGCCCUGGAAACAAAAGCCAACAGCCGCAUUGGAUGUUCAGCUUCCAAAAAAUGUUCGAAAACUGGAACACUUACUUCUGGGUUUUCGGAGUUUGAGAACCAAAGUGUUUAAGAACCAAGGUUUUUGAGAACCAAGGUACCACUCUAUUUGCUCAUGGAUCAUUCUUAAAAAAUCUACCUUGUAUUUUAAAUUUUGAUAUAACAAUUCCCACAUGUCAUUCUUCCAUGAAGCCCAUUCCAAAACGCUCCAAUGGUGGAAAAGUUGCAUUGUAAGAGGAAUCGCAUGCAAAUGUGUUAAAUAUGUGUAUUUUGUUCAUAAGAGUACAUUGGGUUGCCUUGAUACACAAGUCAAUCCCUGCUCCUAGCCUGCCUUGACCUUCUCUGCCAAUCAUAGACAUUCACGGGACCUUAUUUUCUCCACUUAGGGUGGUGAACUGCACACCAAAAUAAACUGGUUCUGUCCUGAAUCAUUGGUACCAGGGGCAGUGCCGGAUUUACAUAUAAGCUAAACAAGCUAUAGCUUAGGGCCCCGCUCUCUUGGGCCCCCCCCCAGAAAAUUUAAAGGGGGGGGGGAACUGGAUGUACAUUUCCAAUCUAUAAGAGGAAAAACAAAUAAAACCUACAUACCUAUUAGGUCCAUAAAUUACCAUACAGCAUAUAUUCAACCCAAAAACAGCGGCAAUUUGUUGUUGACAAAGGACAGCUGGACAUAUAAAGGACAACUGGACACAUAAAGGGCCCCAUUACCUUCAGUAGCUUAGGGCCUCAUCAAACCUAAAUCUGGCCCUGACCAGGGGGCCUGUUCCCAUGGCCAAAGAGAAUAAAUCGAAAAAGCUACGCUGCUUGUGCACAAAACUCAAUGCGCAUCCAUACAGAGCAGAUUAGCAGAGAUUGAGGUCACGUCCACCCCAUACAUUUAAAGCUUUCUUAUACCUCUUUGACCUUCAUGGCUUCCUCAGAGAAUCUUGGGAAUUGAGGUUUGUUCAGGAUGCUGAGAGCUGUAGGGAGACCUGUCACAGAGCUGCAAUUCCCAGCACCUUCGAUGUGGCCUGGGCUUCUGUUUCUCCAGCUUCCCAUGCACCCUCAUCUAAUCAUCUGUGGCGUAAUGGUUAGAGUGUUGGACUAGGACCUGGGAGAGCAGGGUUUGAAUCCCCGCUCUGCCACAAAGCUUACUGGGCGACCUUGGGCCAGUCACCAUUUCUUAGCCUAACCCCACCUCGCAGGGUUGUUGUGAGGAUGGAAUGGGGAUGACGACAACAACAACCACGUACAUCACCUUCAGCUCCUUGGAAGAGAAUAAUCUAAUUAAUAAACAAUCUCUUCUUUUUCUCUGCAGAGUGGCCGAACCAAAUAAGCUCUUCUUCAGCGGGGUGGUGCGGGGCGAAAGUGCCAUGAAGAGGGAAAGCGAGGUGGGCAGUCCUUUUCUCCUCCAAGUGACGGUGAGUGACACUUGUCCCCUCCAGAUCGAAGCCUUGAGCCGUCGUUCGCAACCCCUUCAAUCAGAGUAUUUCUAGAGUAUUGUAGCCAGUUACUGCUAGAACUCAGGAGGUUUGGAGGUGGGGGUCUGUUCUGAAUAGGGAAUGGGAUCUAGGGUGUUUGAGAUAAAUAGAUUGUGGGUUUUUUGUUUAUGGUUACUGUGUCCUCCCUGUGCAACUGCCGAUUUACUUUCUUCCUUUCUCUAUAUAUCAAUGGGAUAUCCUGCUCCAAUAAUCUUAAUCAAUCAAGCGAACAUUUAUUGUGUGUGACUAAAAGCCAUUACAGAUCCAGCAAGUCAAUUAAAACCUGUUAAAAGAAACCCAGAGAUAUAGAUCCAUUUACAAUAAGUCAAAUUAAUGAAUCGCCUGCACAGUAUUGUCUUUUAUAUAGCUGGCAUGAGUACUUUUUUAGCGACUUUAGAAAAUAGGGCUGUUCUGCAUGUGACGAGCAGAUCACAGCCAGAUAAUAACCAACCUAUUUUCACUUCAGGGUUCUGUCCCUGUGGCGGUGCCAGUGUCUGUUCCAAAAAUCUCUUUCUGGAGUUUUGAUAGUGCUGACAAUGGAGAAUAUAAUGGGGGAGAUCUUCUCCCUCACCUACCCCACAAAUACAAAGAAUAAUCUUAAUCAAAGUUACUUAGAUUAAUCAUGAAAUAUGUAUGUGCCUUUUCAAUGCAUAUUUAUGGAUGAUGGGGAUUUCACUCGUGUUAAUAACUAUUGGAGGGGGUACUGAGUCCAGCUUAAUGCAAAGCACACAAGUGUAACCUUGUUUAUAUGGAGUAAAACCCAGGGGGUGGCACAAGGUUGGAGGAGGAGUUUGCUUCCCUUCGGCACCCAGUUUCCCUUUCAUUCUCCUCCAACACAGCUUGUCCUUCUCUGUCAACACACCAGGUCUCAAACCAAGGCCAGUCCCUGAAUACGCUGGGCUCAGCCUUCCUCAACGUCAUGUGGCCCCAUGAAAUUGCAAAUGGAAAGUGGCUCCUCUACCCACUGAAGCUGGAGCUAUCGACCCAGCCUCAGCAUCGCGCGAUCUGCAGCCCAAAACCCAACUCACUCAAUCUGGCUCUGGUAGGUGCCGUGGGAACUUGACAAACAGGGGUUGCAUGAUAAGCAGGCAAUAUUGAUGAUAGCAGUUGAUGAUAGCACUCAUCUCCUCUCUUCCAGGCAGAUACGUCUUUGAUUCUGGUACUAGUUGCCAUGGGGUUGUUGUUUUUUUAAGGUUCAUUUGUCGUUUUUAUGAUGAACAUAAAAAUAGUAGUCAGGUCCUCCCGCUCCUGCCAGGUUCUUAAUAAAUACCUGCUGUUUGUAAUAGUGAAAGCACAAUUAAUAUUGUGUAUUCAUGAUUUCUCCUAGGGAUGUUCAAACAUUGCCCAUUCUUUUUUUGCAGUUAUUUCUGCCUUCCUGGGUGGGAAAUUUAUCUGUAGAAAGAGAUGUGGUUUUUUGUUUUUGCAUUGAUACGAAGUGCACAGUUCCUGGUUUUUGUUUUUCUCUGCGUCGUAUACACAACCGGCAGGUGGAUGCAAAGUAGAUGUGCCACUGGCCACUCAUCUGUUCUUAGGAGACCAGUGGACAGACAACUCUGCCAUAGCCUAACUCCCUCUAGCAACUAACAUGGUGGAAGAGGAGGGGCUAGGAUUGCUUCCUCUCCUAAUCAACGAAGAUUUGUUAACUGGUUAAAUCACAGAUCAUUCCCUGUCCACAAGGAUUUGUUUUAUGCGGUUUCCCAUACCAAGACACGGUCAGGUUCUAAUCACCUCUGUUCAAAAGCCCCAUCUUCUGGGCGCAGUUGGCCGUGCAAAAGCAUAGGGCUGACUUUGUUUCACAUUCUUCCUAAUUCAAAAGCACAGACCUAAUGUUAAUCUAUCAGGGGUCAGCAAACUUUUUCAGCAGGGGGCCAAUCCACUGUCCCUCAGACCUUGUGGGGGGCCGGACUAUAUUUUGAAAAAAUACCAUAUUUUUUGCUCUAUAAGACUCACUUUUCCCCUCCUAAAAAGUAAAGGGAAAUGUGUGUGCGUCUUAUGGAGUGAAUGCAGGCUGCGCAGCUAUCCCAGAAGCCAGAACAGCAAGAGGGAUCGCUGCUUUCACUGCACAGUGAUCCCUCUUGCUGUUCUGGCUUCUGAGAUUCAGAAUAUUUUUUUUCUUGUUUUCCUCCUCCAAAAACUAGGUGUGUCUUGUGGUCUGGUGCGUCUUAUAGAGCGAAAAAUACGGUAAUAACGAAUUAAUUCCUAUGCCCCACAAAUAACCCAGAGAUGCAUUUUAAAUAAAAGCACACAUUCUACUCAUGUAAAAAUAUGCUGAUUCCCAGACAGUCCGCGGGCCGGAUUUAGAAGGCAAUUGGGCCGGAUCCGGCCCCCAGGCCUUAGUUUGCCUACCCAUGGUCCAAUUCAUCAAUUUACGUGUGUAUCAGUUUGCUGGUGUUUUUUUUCUGCCUUGUGUCUGGUGUGUGUGUUUAAUGGAUCCUCAACAGUUGCCUGCAAAUCAGUUGCGUGCUUGAGGCAACGGUGAGGACCAGUUUUUGGUUUGUGAUCAGAAAACGACACAUUUCUGAAGUGUCCCCAAUCCCUUGCUCUUUUCUUCAGGAGCCUCUUCACCAGGGUAGGAAGAAGCGAGAGGCGGAGCCGCCUGAGGUGCCUGCCAACCGGCCACUGACUUACUGGGGAAAGCAAAAAAAUGUCACGUUGGUGAGUGAGAUUUUUCACGUUGAAAGCAUUACGUCUGCCGGCCCUCCACUCAAAUUUUGCUGUCUCUUAACCCGUUUUUCAUUAAACAACAACCUUAAACACCUGGGUUUUGAUGGAUCUCUGAUGUGUAGGAUAUAAUUUCUGGCAAACCGACUGGUACUAAAAUCCUUGAUGACUCUUUGCAUCAUGCUUCAGGACUGUGCUGCGGGCACUGCUCAUUGCCAACUCUUCCAGUGUCCUCUCUACAGCUUUGACCGUUCAGCUGUGCUCAGCAUCUGGGGCCGUCUCUGGAACAGCACCUUCCUAGAGGUUAGUUGGGCUCCCCCUGCUGGAUAUUAGAUGAACAGCAAUAUGUGUAAACCUCUUGGGUAAAGGUAGAGGUAAAGGGACCCCUGACCAUUAGGUCCAGUCGUGGCCGACUCUGGGGUUGUGGUGCUCAUCUCGCUUUAUUGGUUGAGGGAGCCGGCGUACAGCUUCUGGGUCAUGUGACCAGCAUGACUAAGCUGCUUCUGGCGAACCAGAACAGCGCACAGAAAUGCCGUUUACCUUCCCGCCGGAGCGGCACCUAUUUAUCUACCGUAUUUUUUGCUCUAUAAGACGCACCUUUUUCCCCGUCAAAAAUUAAGGGGAAAUGUGUAUGCGUCUUAUGGAGCGAAUGCAGGCUCCUUGGCUUCAGCGAUAGCAACACGAAGCCUCUGAAGCGCAGAGGGAGAGCUCCCCCUGCGCUCUGGAGGCUUUGUGUUGCUUUUGCUGAAGCCGCCUGAAGCCCCUGGACCGCAGCGGGAACUCCAGCUGCGCUCCGGAGGCUUCAGGCAGCUAUCAGCAAGCCUUCGGAGAGCAGCAGGAGUUCCUGCUGCACUCCGAAGGCUUGCGAAUAGCCGCCUGAAGCCUGAAGAGUGAGAGGGGUCGGUGCACACCGAUCCCUCUUGCUCUCCAGGCUUCGCUGGAGAGGCGCUGCAGUUUUCCCUCUCUGCGCAGCACCCUUCAGUGAAGCGAGAGGAGAAAUGGAAGGGGCUCCAUUUCUCCUGCCACUUCGCUGAAGGGGCGCUGCGCAGAGAGGGAGAGGAUUUUUUCCCCCCUGUUCUCCCCCUCCUAUGGUCCGGUGCGUCCUAUAGAGCGAAAAAUAUGUUUUUCCACUUUGACGUGCUUUCGAACUGCUAGGUUGGCAGGAGCAGGGACCGAGCAACGGGAGCUGACCCUGUCGCAGUGAUUCGAACCGCCGACCUUCUGAUCAGCAAGUCCUAGGCUCUGUGGUUUAACCCACAGCGCCACCCGCGUCCCUUAAAAAACCUCUGGGGUAGACUGCGCAAAUUAAGGACUUCUCCCUGCCCAGCUAAUUUCAGGUCACAAAUAAUAUGUUUUAGGGAGUACCUUCAUGAAUUGUGUGGCUUGGCUCACAGCAGUAAUUGCUUGCAAUCCUAGAUGAGAGAGUUCCACUUAAAAGGGCCAUUUAGAACCUAAAAUGAAGUUAUGUAUCGGACGCAAUGGAACCCUUGCAAUACUCAUGGCAAUGGUUUUCAGUAUCCGAACUGCAGGCUUGUCCAUUCCCUGGGAUAACUCUGUUGGUAGCGCAGGGGACUCUUAAUCUCAGGGCCAUGGGUUUGAGCUCCACAUUGGGCAAAAGAUUCCUGCAUUGCAGGCGGUUGGGCUAGCUGGCACUCAGGGUCCCUUCCAACUCUACAAUCCUAUGAUUCUAUGACUUUUGGUUGUUCUGAGCCCUCUUCCCUUUUGCCCUUAGGAGUACUAUGACACGACAUCGGUGGAAGUGAUUGUUCGAGCCAGCAUCACCGUGAAAUCUACCAUCCGCAACCUGGUUCUGAAGGAUGCCACGGCGCAGGUACCGGAGCCUCAUGGCUUAGCUCAUUUGCCCCUUGUUAUUUUCCUUGCACAAUCUGAAAUACUUUGCAGCCAAGGACAGUUUGUAUCUUUAGGUUGUGAACUGCCCUGUGAUCUUUGGGCGAAGAGCAGCGUACAAAUUUAAUAAAUGAAUAAAUGAUUUCUACAGUUAUGCCUUUCUCACUGUUCCCCCCGUUGCUGCUGCCGGGUCAGAGAGAAGAGGAAUCUUAACUGAAAUGAUAUGAUGAUGAUGAUGAUUUAUUUAUUUAUAUUAUUAUUUAUACCCCGCCCAUCUGGCUGGGUUUCCCCAGCCACUCUGGGCGGCUUCCAAUAGAAUAUUAUAAUACAAUAAUACAAUAGUCUAUUAAACAUUAAACAAUAAUACAAUAGUCUAUUAAACAUUAAAAGGGACGCGGGUGGCGCUGUGGGUAAAACCUCAGCGCCUAGGACUUGCCGAUCGCAUGGUUGGCGGUUUGAAUCCCCGCGGUGGGGUGAGCUCCCGUCGUUCGGUCCCAGCUCCUGCCCACCUAGCAGUUUGAAAGCACUUCUAAGUGCAAGUAGAUAAAUAGGUGCCGCUUUAUAGCGGGAAGGUAAACGGCGUUUCCGUGUGCUGCUCUGGUGCCAGUUCGCCAGAGCAGCUUCGUCACGCUGGCCAUGUGACCCGGAAGUGUCUGCGGACAGCGCUGGCUCCCGGCCUCUAGAGUGAGAUGAGCGCACAACCCUAGAGUCUGUCAAGACUGGCCCAUACGGGCAGGGGUACCUUUACCUUUACUAAACAGGGCUGCCUUCAGAUGUCUUGUAAAAGUCUGGUACAGUAGUUGUUUUUCUCUUUGACAUCUGGUGGGAGGGCAUUCCACAGGGUGGGUGCUACUACCGAGAAGGCCCUCUGCCUGGUUCCCUGUAACUUGGCUUCUUGCAGUGAGGGAACCGCCAGAAGGCCCUCGGCGCUGGACCUCAGUGUCUGGACUGAGCUGAUGGGGGUGGAGACGCUCCUUCAGGUAUACUGGGCCGAGGCCGUUUAGGGCUUUAAAGGUCAGCACCAACACUUUGAAUUGUGUUUGGAAACGUACUGGGAGCCAGUGUAGGUCUUUCAAGACCGGUGUUAUGUGGUCUCGGCGGCAGUUCCACUUCUCCCUGUCCCAGUAAAAUAUGCAAUGCCCAUUUAAAAAGGGAGGGGGGAAGGAUACGAAAAUGAGGAGCGAGAUACUGUCCAAGAAAACAAGCCUUUUAAAUCAGAUACGGGCUUUUAUGCACAUAGCCCAGAGUGUUGCUGACAGUAUUGGCAUGGGAUGCCAUGCAGACUGAACCUCCUCCCUAUGCAAAUAGCAUUAGCAGACUAGUUAGCAGACAAGUCUGUAAGCACCCUUAGUUUGAUCACAGUCUUUUGUUUCAGACAGUGGCAGUGAUAGUGGUGCCUGUUCCUCGGAGAGGGAGGUGGUUUUACAGCUGAGCUGAGCAGUAGCUCAGGCUGCCAUUCUUCACCACAUUUUGGUUUGCUCUCUCACUUUCUGCAACCUUGCUUUCCCCCCCCAGAUCCCAGUGAUGGUCUACUUGGAUCCCAGCGUAGCCGUGGCACGAGGCGUGCCUUGGUGGAUCAUCCUCAUUGCGGUACUAGCUGGGAUCCUAGUGCUGGGGCUGCUCGUCUCCAUCUUAUGGAAGGUGAGCUGGCCUGGAGAAAGGGGCAGCGGUGACCAGGGUGGUUCUGUGGGGCUUUGCCCCUCUUCCAGGGGUUGUGGACUCUCCUUCCUUGGAGGUUUUUAAGCAGAGGUUGGAUGGCCAUCUGUCAUAGAUGCUUUAGCUGAGAUCCUGCAUUGCAGGGGGUUGGACUUAGAUGAUCCUCAGGGUCUCUUCCAACUCUACAAUUCUACGAUUCUGUGAUGCUGGAGCAGAGUUUACAAGGUGGUUCCAGUUUACUUCGUCACACUAAAAUUUGAAUCUGGACAACAAAGGUCCAUUAUUGCAAAUAAUUGCCUUGAUAAAGACCCUUGGAGAUUAUUCCCAUUGCAACAAAUGUCCAACCCCUAGAGGCCAUUCCCCACAGCCGCAGAGCCCCGAGGUCACAUUCUUUCAAAACAAUUGGACUGUAUCAGAUGGGAUUUACAUUUUGAAGUUAACUGCCUGGUGGCAGGGAACCUAAAGCCUCUACCCUGUGGAGAAUGAUGGGAGAUGGAGUCCGCUUGAGUGGUACCCAUGAACACAGAUGAGUCUUAGGAUGCCAUCCUGUUGCUGCUGCUGCUCAGGCCUUUAGACCCGAUCCCUGGAGACAGGUCAUAUGCAAAGCUGAUAACGCCAUUCAUACUUCUCCUCGCUCCCAGUGCGGCUUCUUAAAGAGGACAAGCCGGGAAUCCAAAUACUCCACGAACUAUUACCGGGCUCGGCUGGCCAUACAGCCGUCUGAUGCCGAUAGGCAGGCCAUGGAGGCCUAGCGGUAAUGCCCGGCCUCGCCACCUGACUGACCCUCUGCUUGUACGUGUGUAGGAGUGAGGGCACAGAUGUGGGAAUGGGAAUAACAAGUGAUGGAGUGCUCUUAAUGUGAGCUCACUAAAAAUAUUAGUGCAUGUGCAAGCAAACAGCAGGCCAGUGGACUUCCAAGUAUGCCCUCAGUGCACCCGGGAGUGUGUGUGUGUGUGGAGGAUUUUGCAGAUCGUAACAUACAAGAGUGAUUACCAUUAUGUUGUGCAUGUGGAUUUCUUGGUGGGUUGCAAGGAUGUUGACUGUUAACAAUACAUAGCCAUGAAAUAAUCCACGGAUAGUCAAGGACUUCAGGAAGCACUAGCACCAAAAGCCUAAAUGACGGCGUGUGAGUGUGUAGCAGAAUAUAAUUCUGCAAAUGCCUUGAGAGUUGGGUGCAUGCAUGCAAAAAAAGCAGGAGUGUGAAGUACUUAGCUGCUACUCAGGUAUAUGCUCACAAGUGCAGAUGACAGUCUACAAAAUCCUCGGGCUAGUUAAGAUAGCUGGUGCCUGGAUGGCAUUGCUGGGUACCCAAUGAGGUCCCAAACCCACUGCAAACCCCUGAAGCCCCCCGGCUCUACUGCAUGUUCUCCUUAGUGGCACUGCUUGUUCUAAGUAAGUCAGCAGCUAGAGGCAAGGACAAGGAGCUGCUGCCUCUCUCUCUCUCUCUCUCUCUCUCUGGAUGCACUGGGCCCAAAGUGGGAGGGCAAGUGGAUGGAUAGCAGUGACAACAAGGAGUAGGCAGGACCACUGAGGACAUCCUGCCCCUGAUCCCACCUAACUCUCAGAUCGUGGAGCUGAUACCGGGUUUGUGUGUGAAUGUGCAAGGGAUUAGAAACUAUGUCACAACAGAGGAACACUCAGAUGGUUUUACUUUAUGGGAACAGAUACCCUAAUUCAGCACUUCUGAACCUCCAGUGUCUAGACAUGCAGGUCCUUCUAUCGGGUCUUGUUUUAUCUCCUCCAUCCCUGCAAGCUACCACAGCUGACAGGAUGUGUACUGCCAAAACGCCUGGCUUCCCAUUAGGACUGACGGAGUAUCUGCCAUUGUCCAGAAUAUUUCUUGUGCUGUAGUAGCGUUGGGGAACCUGUGACUCACCAGAUGUUGAUGGGACACUUUCUUCCACCUAUGCUAGCCAGCAUGACAGAGGGCCAGGAAUGAUAAGAGUAGUAGUUCAACGACAUUUGGAGGGGCACAGGUUCCACCCUACAAGCCCAGAAUAUGGUAAACGUCCCCCUGGAUGUGGUGCAAAAGUGCAAGACGCUUUUCAGUAAUCGGCUAGCAAAUGGACACAGGAGGGGAAAUCUGUAGAUGGCUGCAAGGGCGUGAGAGUGCCCUGAUGAAUGAAUCCUUACGAGUGUUUGUGAGUGUCAAAAGUGCAUGCUAAUAGGCUAUGUCUUCCCAAUGCACGGUGUGUGGUGAACAGGGGAUGAAGAACGGGGUCUGGAGAGGACCCAUGGGAACAUACAUCAUCACCGCUGGUUACAGCUGCUGGAUGCAGCCCAUGGGUUGAUGGCAAAACAGCAGGCAUCCUGCCCUGCCUUCCAGCUGUUCCAUUGGGGAAUCUGUUCAUUACUUUCAUAGAUUGAAUAUUGUGGCUUCUUCUUCCCCAGCUUGGCUUCUUCAAACGUGCCCGCUACCAUGAAGACAAGGUGCCGCAGUAUCACGCAGUCAAGAUUCCUCACCAGGAGCGCCAGCUUUUCCGGGAGGAGAAGACGGGCACCAUUACCAAGAAGGACUGGGUCACUAACUGGAAUGCGGAGGGCGAUGGUCACGUUCCUGUCUCGGCCUAG